GUAGGAGUGGGUGGGCUCUGCAAAUGACUGAUGGCAGUUUCAAAUACAUGGGGGAAAUGUCUUAACUGUCACAACUGAGUUGUUUUGCCAGGUAGGACAAAAUUUGUGGAGGAAAAAUACUCUGUAUGGGGCUGUGAUUGGUAGUUUGGAGAAAGCUCAGCAGAGGGUGGAAAGUUCCCUUUUGGAACCCAAUUUGUACUCUCUCUUUUUUUGGUGUGUCUCUAUAUACUGUGUGGUUUACUAAAAACGAACUGUCUUAUUUAUGUUGGAUUUAUAGCAUUUUUACUCCACCCAGCUGAAACAAAAAUCAGCAAUAAGACUAAUAUAAUAUCUAAUAUAAGUAGCAUAAGAUAACCCAUGUGAUAAUAUAAAAAAUAUGUUUUUAUAUACUGAGGAUUGAAACUAUAAAACCGUUCUGUGUGUACUAGGUUUUAUCUUUUGUCAUGUGAAAAAAUAUACCCAGGAGUGUGGGAUGUUAAAAGGAUUGCCAUCUAUUUUCUACUAUGUUGACGCCAAUAUGUGUGUCUCAGAGCAAGCAUAGAGGGCCUUUCUACAAAGUGAGCCAGUUUAUAAAGCUUUGUUUCUAGAGAGGUGAGGCAAACUUACUUGAUUUUGGUUUUCAUGAGCUCAGUUAAGAUUAUAAUGUGCUGGCAAGUAUUUGGGGGAAAGGUAAAAUUUCCCCCAGAUAAUUUCUUGUGGAUUUGCAACUGUUAUUUAUACUUUUUUUAUUUUUAAUUUAUUUUAUUGUAGUGUGUUGGUUGAAUUUUACUGCCUCCUGGAAUGCUAUUGCCAAACAACUGUGUUACAGUAUUAUGCUAUAUAUUGACUUACGUUUGUUGGUCAGGAGAGCACUGUAAAAACAAAUUAUAGAAGUAGUCUCAUAAAAAUCAAAACAGGCUGGGAUUGACUCACAAAAAAGCAGUAGGGUCAACUGUUCCUUUGUAGCAAGUUAUGAUUCCAACAGAGUUAUCUUUGGCUUGUGAAAAAACAGAUCAAUAUUUGCUGCUGGAUAACCAAUGUCACAGUGCAUCUCUGCCUGAAAGGAGAGAGUGACACAUACAAACCAAAAAACAAAUCCUUUGAUUGAAAUUUUUAAUAGAUUCGUUGAAACACAUUAUAAAAUGAAAAUUUUCUCUGCAUGAGCAAUGCAGAUAAAAUCGGCUGCAUUUGAAGUGCAAACAAGGAGAAAUGGCAAGUGGUAGAAUGUAUAGUACCCAUCUAAUAAAGAUUCCUUUCUUUCCUGUGUCUUAGCAUCUUUGGUUUUUGUUUCCAACAAAUCUUAAUUAAAACACUACAUUUUCCAUCUAGCUUACUUGAGGUUGUGUAUUCUGUGAUCAAAAGGAUAAUUAUCCUUGUGUAUUUUUUGGAAAAUUAAUAAGGUGACAUUUUUACUUCAAAUUCCAACUUAGCCUUGGAUUUAAAACACACUUAAUUGAAACAUAAUAGUGGUCAGAAAGGACAACGCUGUUAGGAUACACUAGUAUGCGAGAUGAAAAACAAGCAACACAUUUGUCAUGAAUUUUAAUAUUUUGCCAUUUGCGCAUGUAAAAUGUGAUUAUAGAUUGUAUCUCUGGCUGAGGCUGGGUGCAUGUCAGAGCUUGAAAUCAAUUUGAUACAUGUUUGUGACAAUAUUUCCUGGUGACUCAGUCAGGAAUUGCACAGAGACCUACCCACCCUGAUGCCAACUAAUGAAAAGAAGGGAAGGGAAGGGAGAUGGAGGAACAUUUCAUAAAAGCUGUGAACUAGCAAUUCACAAGGAUUUAUACUCUUUGGAGGCUGCAUACUCUUUUUAUGCCCUCACUGCAACAACUUAAAUGCUCUCCUAGUUGCUAGUGCCAGCUGUGAAACCCAACAGUCAAGCUAAUCAGUACACAGAAACACUGUUCCACAGUUUAGCAAAGGCUUUGGCUUUCCUUUUUUCAUUUCCUCUUAAUUUUAGAGCCACUCAGGAUGUUAGAUGACAAGAAAUGAUUAGUUCAUUUUCUGCAGAUGCAUAAAAAGGUCCUACAUUUCUGCUUUGGCGAUGUGAGAUCAGGAUCAACAGAACGCCUAGCAGGCAUGGCCAAACUUGGCCCUCCAGAUGUUUUGGGACUACAAUUGCCAUCAUCCCUGAUCACUGGUCCUGUUAGCUAGUGUUGAUGGGAGUUGUAGUCCCAAAACUUCUGGAAGGUCAAGUGUGGCCAUGCCCUAGAUCUUAAAUGUUCUCUCUCUCUCUCUCUCUCUCUGUUGCUUACAUGGAGCCAGUGCAGCCCCCAUGAAUUAUUCUGAAGCAGCAGAACCUACUGUGCAGAUUAAUAAUUUGCCUAACACAGAGCAGAGUUGUUUGCGUGGUCUUGUUUUAUUUCAGACAUGAUUAUUCUGAUCUGCCAAACCAUUAAGAAUGGGCUGUAAAGUUGCAUGCUCCCUCCUCCCACAAAACAAAAUACUUUAACUGUCAAAGUCCAGGGUAAAGAGAUCUGUCUUUAGUAUAUGAUGAAAGCUGCACAAUGAAUAUGCUUGAUGUACCUUUCCUGUUUUCCUUUGGUGUCAGAAUCCUCAUCUGUGGGUGAGUGUUAAUCAUGAAUUGUCUCCAAAACCAUGAUUUGAAAUAGGUUUGCAAACCAGUAUUUGGAGCCGAUCCUGACUAGUGCUAACCCAUAUUUUGGUCGUUGCGGCAAAGUCUGGUUGCACGAACUGGGAAAAGGAGGAGCAAGUCUAUGAGAAAGAGGGGAGAAAGGAGCAUGUCCAUAAUCCUGUGGUUUGUAGGAUCAGGAAAAGCAAAUUUUUAAUGGAGCCUUUCUGUUUUGGGUGCUCUCUUAUCCAAACUAAAUAAUACAAGCUGUAAUAAUAUUUUAAAUUUGCACAACUUUAGUUCACACAGUUCUUUGCUCAGAAGGUAAGUAUUUAUUAUUAACAUAGAGAUGGGAACAAUAUGCAACAUAAAGGUUUUGUUCUGAUAGACCAAGAUUAUUAAAUUAGUGUCAAGGAAUCCUAGUUGGAACUAGAAUUAGCAUCAUCCCAGCCAGAUGGGCGGGGUAAUAAUAAUAAUAAUAAUAAUAAUAAUAAUAAUAAUAUCAUCAUCCCAGUAGUGUCUUUCCCUUUUACAGAUUAUUAAAGAUAUUCAUUAUUGUUUUCCUCAAGUUUUCAAAUAUAAUCACAGUAUUGGUGAUUUCUGAUUACUGAGAAAUGAUAUAAUUAUUUUGUAUUAUCUAUUCUAUCAACCUCAUCUAUUCUGCAUUAGCACUUUUUUAUUGAGAGAUGCUAUUUGUCUUUUACUGCUGCACAGUAGACAAAAUAAUCCACAGGCUGCUUUCUCCACCUGUAUUUCUGUCUGCUUUUCAGGUCCCAGGGUUAGCCCUACUGUAAGGGUGGCUGAAGCAGCUGCCUCAGAUAGCUGUCACGAAAGAGCAAAAAAUGGUUAGUUAUUUACUUUACUGUUGUUGUAUUUUUACUGUUAGGGUGGGGGAAAGGCACUUGUGGGAUUUUCUGCCUUGGGUAGCAACAUAACCUGACCAGCCUUGGGGAUUAUGCACCACAACUGGGAGCACAGCCUGAGUGUCAUUUGCUGCUACACCUCAAUCCAGAUAAGACUGAGGCACUAUUAGUGGGUUCCCUAGAUUGGAUGGGUGGGAGAUUGCCUGCUGUUGAUGGGGUUACACUUCCUCUGAAGGAGCAGGUUCAUAGCUUGGGAGUUCUCUUGGAUCCUUUGCUCUCGCUCGAGGCUCAAGUGGCCUCAGUGCCCCUGAGUGCCUUCCAUCAGCUUCGGCUGGUGGUCCAACAACAUCCCUAUCUGGAUGGGGAUAUUCUAACUACUGUUGUCUAUGCUCUGGUAACCUCAAGGUUAGAUUACUGCAAUGCGUUAUACAUAGGGCUGCCUCUGAAGACAGUUCAGAAACUUCAGCUAGUGCAGAAUUCAGUGGCAAGGCUGCUCAUUGGAGCAAGGCAGUUUGAGCGUAUUGCACUGAUCCUGGUCCGACUGCACUGGUUACCAAUUAGUUUCUGGGCCCUAUUCAAAGUGCUGGUUUUGACCUAUAAAGCCUUAAAUGGCUCAGGACCUCAAUACCUCAAGGGCUGCCUCUUUCCAUAUGAACCUACCUGGACCCUGAGAUCAUCUUCUGGGCAGCGGCGGAGCUAGCCGCUCAGACACCUGGAGUGGAGCACAUGCUGUGCACCCGGGGGCAUGGUGAUCCACCCAGUGGCGAUUCGCCCAGGGAGAUUUUGUCACCUCCCCUCUUGGAUGACACCCAGGGUGAACUGCCCCCCCCUUCCUACACGUCUGCUUCUGCGGCCCUUUUUCAUGUGCCUCCUCCUGGAGAGGUUCGGAGGGUGGCAACAUGAGAAUGGGCCUUCUCUGCAGUGGCUCCCUGUCUGUGAAAUGGUCUCCCCAGGGAAGUUCGCCUGGCACCUUCAUUAUACGCCUUUAGGCACUAGGCAAAAAUGUUCCUUUUUAACCAGGCCUUUGGUUGAUUUGAUUGACAUCCUAUGCCCUUUUAAAAUGUUUUGUUUGUUUGUUUGGGGGAGCUAUCGGGUUUUUGUUUUUAUUUUGAUUAUGUAUUUUGUGGUUUUAUAUUUUGAUUUUAUUCUGUGAACCACCCUGAGACCUCUGGGUAUAGUGUGGUAUAUAAAUUCAAAUAAUAAUAAUAAUCAAGCAGCAAAAUAUUCUGGGUCAGCUCUGGCAGAGCAUCUCUUUAAGGAAGUGGCAGCUCUGAGUUCUUUGUACCUACUCCUUUUCUCUCAAAACACUUGCAUGUUCUCAUACAAUCUCCUUCCUGCUCUUCUGUUUUUUCAGAAUCUUAGUAGUUUACUCCAUAGGAGAAUGGAGAAAGAGAGUGACAUCACAGGAAAAAACUCCCAGCAUUUCUCAUCCUUUUUUUAAACCAAGGAACCAUUCGCCGCAUUCAUGGCACUCAGGAGGCAUGUAAAGAACUUUGUGAAGAAUUAUUCUGAAGCCGAGGUAAAAGUCAGAGAAGCAACAUCUAAUGACCCCUGGGGCCCCUCCAGUUCUCUGAUGUUAGAGAUAAGUGACUUGACUUUUAAUGCCGUCUCUCUUUCUGAGAUUAUGAGCAUGAUAUGGCAUAGGUUGAACGACCAUGGAAAGAACUGGAGGCAUGUGUACAAGUCUCUCACACUUUUGGAUUAUCUCCUCAAGAAUGGAUCAAAGAAAGUCAUUCAGAAUUGCCAAGAGGCCUUCUUUAAUAUCCAGGUGUUGAAGGACUUCCAUCAUUUAGAUGAAGCAGGAAAGGAUCAAGGUAAAACUACCCAAGUACUUUCAGAAUUCCCUUAAAAUAAAGUUGUGGUCUGUGUGAAUGUGUGUGUGUGUUGGCUGUUAGGAACAUAGAAGGUACUAUUAUGUUUUAUUAUGACCUUAUGUGUCGUCUUGUAUUUGAAGGUCUCCAAGUGAUUUACAUAUUUAUCAAAUUGCUGAGGGAUUAAAAAGCUAUGACGCUUUAGACAUGGGCAGAGGCCAUAGCUCAGUACCAGCACACACUGCUGAUUCACAUUCACUCAUCUCCAUUUGAAGCACAGGGUAAUAAGAGAUCGGAAAUGACAUUGCAUAUUGCGCAGUAAAAUCUGCUUGAACAUUACCAAAAGUUGCAAUAGGAGAUCAAAACGGACUCACGGAGGAGCAAGUGGCUGAAUAUCUCAUACCCUGCAAAGAGCUGAGAUCCUAGAUGAUAUGAGUCAAAUAAGGAUUAUAAGGCCCUUUGUACAAAAUGUGAUAUAAGGAUAAAUAUUAUUAAAGCAUCCAUUGCUUGAAAAAGAAUAUAGAUGCUAACAUUUUUUUUUGCCAGGCAUCAAGCAGGAUGGAUUAAAUAGGUGACAUGUUGGAUUAAAAGAAAAUUAUGUAAAUUCAUAUAUGAAUCCAGUAAUGCUAGAAAAACUGUUAGUGCCAUGAAUAAUUAACGUAUUGCACUAGUAAAUGUAUUAAAUUAUUAACAGCACUUGCUGAGAAUAUCAGCAGCUGGUAGAUGAAGCAAACAGUCCAUCAACUCUGAGUCUUUCUAUGAAUAUCUGCUGUCAGAUGAAUUACAACCCUAUAUGAUGCAUGUAAACAAAUUCCAACUGUGACAAACCUAAUUUGUGCUUUAAUGAUUUAGAUGUGCCAAGUAUUUUUAUUUAUGUGUUCUCCAGGAUGAGAAAAUCGUAUAUUGAAGGAGAAUUGCAGCAUGGCUUUUGAAAUACUGAAGCAAAGUUAUUGUAUUGUUUCAUCACCUAUUUACAUGAGUGACAGAGCGACUUGAUAAUAAAUAAUUUCAUUAUUUUGCAAGAUACAAUGGCUGUUUAGCUUCAGAUUGAUAACACUUGGAACUGAUACAUAAAUCAUGAUGUCAGUGAUACCUAGUGUAUAGCUAUUUCAACUGAAAAACAAUCUUUCUUUGCAGCAGAGUUUAAAUUAUAUAAAUCUAUGUAGUAGGUAAAGUCACAAACUGUGGUAAAGUGUAUCCACAAAUUGGCUAAAAUAUAAUUUGCAAUAUUUGGACAGCCGUAUACAAUGGAUGCAAUAUGUAGGCUAUCAUGUGUCAAGUUUGCAUCCCCUCUGGACUGCAAGCACCAUGCCAAGUCAGCAGAAGCAGGUCUGCUUGAGCUGUAAUGGCAUCUGUCGCGAGCCCUGCAGCAAUCAAGAUUGGGCUUGGAUUGCCAGACACAGACUCAGGAAGAGGAAUAAAGGGUGGGUGGGGGGCUGAAUAUUGGGAAGCUGGGUUCGAGGAAGGGGAAUUUCCCCUCUCCACUCUGACUUCUGCUGCACUGGGUGGUGGAGCUGGGAUGCGGAGGGCUUGGAGGUGGAAUUAGAGGCAGCGCCAACUGAACAGGAAGGUGCAGUCUUGUUGUCUAGAACCAGGCACUACCUUUGCAAACAGGAGCACACCCAACCUGAAGGAGCAUGUAUUUACAAUCCAGACAUUACUGCAAGAAGAGCAAGUCUUAUGAACAAGCAUGUUACACCUCAUCUUUAAAAGCUUGGGCAGGGUGUGAAAACUUGUUGGGACAUAUUUGUUGCUUCCGUCUAAUUCUGAACUUCUUGCCCUGUUCUUGAACUCCUGAACAAUGACUUCUGGGUCUUACGUUUGCUGAUGAGCCUGUAACAUUAUUUGCCUGAAUAAAUAACUCUUUCUUACAAGUAAUGUCCUCCGCUUGCGUGUUUUUGGAUGGGAGCCAGGAUAGCAUCAAACUUUUUCUCCCACAUGGGGAACUGAAGAUGCAAACAUAGGGUAGUAUUCAACUACGUUUUACUCAGAAUAGACAGUCAUGCUCAUUCAUUUCAAUAGACCUACUCUGAGGACAACUUAGUUGGUUACCACCCCUAUAUGGGACUAAAUUCCCUAUAUGGGACUAAAUUCCAUUCAACAAAGUGGGACGUCCUUAUGAGUAGAUGUACCCAGGGUUGUACUGUAAAGUGACUUUGCAUCUAUGUUUUGGUAUUUAUUUCCACAUGCAUGGCCAAUUUAAAAUAAUAGAUGGUUAAAAUAAAUAAACAGAUAUUAAAACAUUUGUUUCAUUGAAAAUAUAUUUAUAUUUUUUCUGAAUGAGGACAAGGGCUCUGAUAUGAUCAUGAAUAAUGUCUUAGUUUAAACAAUACUUACAAUAUAUAGACAUAUGUACCAACUGUUGAAUAUUUGUCCAGCUCAUUAUCCUAGGUAUCAAGAGCUUCAUGCCAUCAUUACAAAUUUCAGCAUCUUCUGUAUCUAUAGAGUUCUACAACAGAGCUAGUCAGCAUUACACUAAACUGUACAUUAAAAAAAUAAUCAUUUCUUUAAUCUUUUUCAACAGGUUAUCAUGUGAGGGAGAAGGCUAAGCAAGUCCUUGUUUUAUUAAAAGAUGAUCAACUGUUGUACAAUGAACGUGAAAUUGCACGUCGGACUAGGCGGCGCACUUCCUAUGCAAUGCUUUCCCCCACAACGGUUACUGAAAAAGCUUACUUUCCAUCAAUGCCUAUCUCGGAUCCUGUGUCAGAAUUCCCUCCAUCAGAGAACAUCCAGCGUAAGCAGCACUACUUUAAAUUGCAAAGCAAGUAUUUGCAUUUCAGAGCUUUAGUGACUGAAAUUCCAGCAUGACCUCAGAGCCACUUGGUAUUCUUGGUUAAAUCCCUGUCUCCUAGCCUCAGUUAGCAUCUUUCACAAACCAACCAACAACUGGGUGAUUUAGCAAGGAGGCAUCUGCUUGGCAUGGGAAACAGAAUGCUGAGGGAGCUGGAUCUUUGGUUUGAUCCCACGGGACUCUUUUAUACUCUUAAUUUAUUGUGUCUCCUGAUAAGGAUUAUUAUUAUUAUUAUUAUUAUUACCACCACAUUCAGUAAAAUGCUGCAUAAAGCCAAUAAUAGCCCUUUCCAUGCUAGAACCCUUUAGCACUGCAGAAACAUGGCUCUUCUACAAUCAGCUGGAAAUGCAAUUAUAAUAAUGGUUCUACACGGCACUUAAUAUUCCCCUAUAUGCUCCUUAACAUCCCACAGUACCUGUCCCUAUACCAUGGUAAUGGUAACCUAGGAUUGUAGUCUCACUGCAGAGAUGCUGUGACCAGAGAUGCCUCUAUUCUGCACAAAGAUGCGCAGAAGCACUUGCUGGAUGAGGCAACAAUUGCCACAGAUCUAGAGCAAGGGGAGUUCCUGUGGUUCCCAAAUGAUGGGAGGCUUCUUGCUGCUUCCAUCAAAUUCCAGUCAUUUUUGUGGCUUAUCAAGCACAGGCAGGCACAGUCCAGAGGAGCCUUAGAACAGACGUGGAGCUGGUUUGGAAGCUGAGGGCACUGUAGAGGGAACCUGCUAAGCGAUUGCUAAGCCACCCAGCACAUAGCUCCCCACCUUCACUGUGAGCUCCCUGAUUCCUAUAAACUCCUUCACCAUCCAAGUUGACAUUACGUCUGCCCUUGCAACUCACCCCAUCAAACCUGACCUCUCUUACAUGCUAGAGUCUCUUUCUGCCCUCUUUGCAGCCAGAGCAGUUGCACAUUAUUUAUAAUUCAUAGGGUUUCCCCCCACAACCACAAUUGCAGAACUAAAAUUGUGCUAAUAAAAAAAAAUUAAAAUAAUGAGCAGUUUCUGGUUCAAAGUGGAAAGUGGGAAUUAAACUCCCUAGCAAAGAACCAGGAGCUGUCUAAUGAUGGAUGAGUUCAGGUAUGUCUUGACCCAUGAGGAAACAGGAAGCAAUUAAUUAAAGAAAAACCACCAGACAGUUUUAAUUAAAGGGGCAACAUCUCUUAAAAAGCUUUAGUGGUGUUUUGCUAGUUCACACUGGAUAGGAAAUGUAAUUACACUAUGGCCAAGAAUUAAAAAUCACCACGAACCAGGUCUGAAAAAAGAAGGGAAUACAACCCAGAAAAUACUGAAAUGCAGCAAUCUGGCAACAUCAUCAGGAUUCUGUGUAAAAAUGGAGUGAACAAAAAAUGGCAACUCUGCCUAAAACACACAGCAUGGAAGGAGCUGAUUCUUUACUGUGAGAGUCAAUGCUGUUUGCAUAUUGUCAUUAAUGAAUGUACAGAUGAAGCCAGUCAGCCAAACACCAUAACUGACCCUGAGAAGUGAGCUUCUCUAUGUUGCUGAGCCAGGUUUGAAGACAUCUUUUUACUUACUGCUGCUUCAUGUUACUUUCUAACAAUGUGCACAUACAUAUGAGUCACAUCUUUGUACAAAGAUGGAAGCAAAACAGAGCAAUGCAAGAAUAACAGUAGCUAUGUCUGUCUCUGAGGGAGAUGUGAGCUGAGCUGUAACAUGAAAAUGGCCUUCUGUAGUACAGUAAUUUCUAGGGUCCUGCAGCAUUAGGCAAGCAGAUAAAUGUAUCAUAUUAAACAAUUCUUUGUUAACCAUUAAAAGAUAUAGAGUACAAGAGAACUCUCAAACGUGAAACAGCAGUUAAUGCAGAAACUGCAGCAUCAAUUCAUUUAUUGCUAUCCAUUUUCAUUUGUUUCCACAUAAAAUAUCCCUGCUGUAGAACUGCAGCCUUUAAACUUUUCCAUUAUCUUUCAAAUUGUCUCUAAAUCCCUUUCUAGCUGCUCAUAAUGUGAAACACAUGCUUGCCAUGCUGCAGUAAUAAUGCUCCUUUUAAAUACUAAUUGGAAUAUUUGGUGGGAGAGAGGAAUGAUACAGUCCCUAAUUUUCUAGUUUCUUCCAUAUAAUUUUCACAUAAACAACCAGAACAGUUUGUUCUUUAUGUUAAUUUGUCCCUCUUGAAAAAAAUGAGACUUGUUUCACGCACUGAGGAUAUAAGCAGAGUUAGCAGGUAAACAGGAUUCUGUCUGGGUUUGUUGCUUAUCACAGAAAAUUAUAAAAGCUUUUAGCAUUCCGAUCCAACCACUGGCAGGCAGCGUUGUAGCUAAUGGACUGAACAAGACUUGAGAGACUUUUUUUUUUUUUGCCCAAUUAACUCUGGAAAAUUUAACAUCUGUCUAUUUUUUUUCUUUUUACCAAAAUAUGUUUUAAAACAGUACUUUUCUUUGACAGAUGUUCCCCCUAAGGCAUCUGCAGGAGCAUUAUGCCAGGCAGUUCAGGCAUCAGGCAAAGCAGAGAUAGUCCAAGAUACAACAGCACUUAAUGCUGUUGCCAAGGUAUCGUCAGAGGUAAAUCAUGCACUGCAUUUGAAGGGAAGGCAUCGUUGAAUAUGGCAUUUAAUCAAAUGUGCCUAUGAUGUAUUUCACUCCUGUUGCAAUUCACAGAGCGAUCCUAUGCAUGUUAACUAAGAGCCAAGUCCAAUUGCAACAUUCAGUUGGGCUUACUCCUGUGUGUACAGAAUUGCAACGUUAGGUGGUAAUUCUAUAUAAAGUAACUUGGGAGGGAAGUCAGCAACCCCAGGGUCCAUUAGUCUAUCCGUAUAGACUAAGUUCCUAUAUCAAACCCCCCCCCACUGUUCUGUGCAAUCUGAGGUCAAUUAACACUUGCAACAAGCCACUCGUGUACUUCUAAUGAACAUUACUGUUUAAAUAUAAGAUUUAUGAGUUGUGGCCCUGUUAAAAAAGAACAUAUUGUAGUGGCAUAUGAACAUUACAAACAUAUAAUCUAAAACAACAGUUUGUUGUUGUUGGCAUCCAUCUGUCUCAGGAGACAAUGGAGGAGUGUGCCUUUGGGGAUAAAGUCAAACUGUUGGAAGGUUUCAGCGCAUGCUGUGGCUGUAGAGACUGACAUGGGAGAGGCAUGUUUUGUUGCAGCUGGGGCAGGUGAAGAUGUCCGGUUGUGCUGCUGCAGAUGUGCCAUGAAGUUUUUUCUCUCCCAGUAGUCCUCUGAUCACUGCUAUGGAUACAUGACCUGACUGUCUGUCUCCAGGCACUGUGGUCAUCUGCAAAGGGUUCCCACAUGGCGGAGUUGAUGUUGGCAGCCUUCAUGUCAUGUUUGCAGACAUCUUUGUAAUGCAGAGUUGAUCUGCCAAUUGGCCUGAAGCCAAUAGGGCUUACUGCCAGGUAAAUGGGGUUCAGAUUGAAGUCAAAAGCAGUCAUUUAACUGGAACUGCAUUACCUGCUGCUGGUGGUAAUGUUGACUGUGGCCGCAAUUGUGAGACGUAUAGUAUAUUGCUCAGGAAUUUGUGCCAGGCCUGCAUAAAGAAAAAAUGGGGAUUGGGGAGUGCUGGGGCAUCUUUCCAUGGUAGAUUUUCCUAGACACAGGUUAUUACUUGUGAAUUUCAUUACCUAAAUUUAGAUAAAGUGCAGUGGCACUGAGCAGUUCUAAAUUUACAGAUAUAAUUUAGAAAUCAUAGCACAAUCUAGAUCAAUAUGUGGCCUUCGACUACUAAAUUGGGAGUCAAUCAAACCAGUGUAGGAAAUGAGUAUUAAAGCUUUGGGUAGCGUGAAGUUAAUAGUUCAGUCAUAUAUGAACAAACUAGAAUGGGCAGCCAAGCCAUUUAGUUUCGAUUCAGAAACAGGACAGGAUAGGAAAUUGUGAAGUCCUUAAUUACAGAUGGAUGAUGAAGUGGCUAUAGACUUUCUCUCAUAUGCAAAACUAUUUCAGCUCAGUGCCGAACUGUUCUUUAGUUUACUAUGGCUCAAAAUCCUAAUAAGAAAGUCCAAUAAAUAUUAUUUAAUUCCUAACUUCUGUAUAUAGUACAUAGGCAAUCUGUGGAUUUGCAUCUGUGUGAAAAAGUGUGGUGUUUUCAUAAGCAUAGGUAGUUGUAGCCUAGCUGAAACAGCAAGAGUUUUGUUUAAUAAUAUUAUUCCUUCAUUAAUUUUAUUACAAAAUAAGUUUAAAGAAUGCAAAUUACAAUAUCACAAGUUCCAGCAUUUUGGGAUCCUGAUUGUAGUUGGUAAUUGCCAAGCUCCUUAGUAAUUAUUCCAGAAUCUAAUUACCUUUGCCUGCUUCUUGUUUAAAUUAUUAAUAUCUACAGCUCAGUCUCUUGAAUGGCUAAUAUUUAGUUAGUUGGUUGGUUGAUUGAUUGAAAUUAUAGACUGCCUCAUAACUGAAGCUCUUGAAGUUACUAUCAUAAUAGUAUUUAUUAUUUCUUCAGUGCUUAAAAACACCUGCAAAGCUCUGUACUAUAUAAAAGUAAUUAAAAGGCAACAAAUCCCUGCAUGCAGGCUUACAGUCUGUGAAUGAUUACUUAAUGGGGGGGGGGGGAACGACCUGUGGUCCUCCAUAUUUUGUUGGACUCCAACCCCCAUCAGCCUCAGUCAGAGUGGCUAAUGGUCAGAGGUGAUAGAGUGAAACAGCAUCUGGAGGACCACAGGUCAAUGGGAUGAUUUACUGGAUUCUAUGAAGCAACCUGUGGCUCUUUUCUUAACAUAGACCCACAACAAGUUUUUCUUAUGGUUUAAAACAUUGUGAUUGCUAUGAAGAGAGUGGGAAGUCUGUCCCGUCCGUCUGUCCCCCCCAUGUCAUAAUGAAACAACUCAGGAUCAGCCAAUAAAAUUGGACAUCAUUCAGAACAGUCCAAAGGUAGUACUUGUAUACACAGAGAAAAAUUAUCAUGAAAUAUGCUGCCAUGGGAUGUUUGGAAGGCCAGCAGCACAGAUGGCUUCAAAUGAGGGGUUAGGAAAUGCUGUGGAGGGAUAGGUUUGUUAGUGGCAGUUAGCCAUGGUAGCUAACUUCAGUUGGUGCAGAAUUCGGUGGCAAGGCUGCUCAUCAGGGCAAGACUGUCUGAGCACAUUACACCGAUCCUGGUCCAACUGUACUGGUUGCCAGUUAGUUUCCAGGCCCAAUUCAAAGUGCUGGCUUUGACCUAUACAGCCUUAAACAGCUCAGGGCUGCAAUACCUCAAGGACCGCCUCUACCUAUAUGAACCAACCUGAACAAUGCAACUUCCCCAUCUCUCAUCUGCAACUGCCUGUGCACCCUCAAAAUCUGCUCCUGAGAGUUGGGGAACUUUCUAGAGCAGAGAAGAUUUUGGGAGCACACAGGGAAAGGAAUGGUGCAUGUGUUGUGUUGCAUGCAGCUCUGUCUUCCAACCACCAAAUGAUUUAUUUGAAUUAAUAAUUAAUAUACUACUGAAAGUUGAAGUGUAUGAGGUGUUAGAGAAGGGGUAGUACCUCUGGUGGUGGACAUGCCAUGCCAUGCUCCUUCAGGGGUAGUUUGUCCACCUUUGGUCUCCAUCCUGCAUUCAGCUCUUCCCUGUGGCUCCUAGAAGCUGUCACUAUAUAACAGCAGCCAAACCCUAGAAAAUGGCUUCAGCUGGCUGGCUAAACCAAGUAAAGGUAGCCCAUGGGUCUCAGGCCCAUGGUGGGUUAGGUACAUGCCCUGCAUGCAAAGGCAGGCUCUGGUGGACUGAGCAGACGAAAUGGAUAAUAAGGCAGGUCCUGCACGUGCUUUAGAGGGAAGUGAGGGGCAGAUGGAGCUCCUCAACCUGUGAAGGUAGCCCAUCUAAGAUCAGGAAAGCUCUGAUCCUAAACCUCCGCUGCCUUGUGGGACAUCUUCAGGAGAAUAAAAGGCUAAGGAGUAAACCCUACACAAAUUUGGAGUGGAGUCCCUACGACACUUGAAUGGCACCUGGUACACAUCGCUUCAGGGAGGUCAGUUCUGUGCUGCUAACACAGCGGUUUGAUUUCACCCCCAGAGGUGCACUCCAUUGUCUCUUGAGACAGACAGAUGCCAACACCCCAAUGUCAAAAUAGGCUUUUAAGUGGUUUGCAAAGUAUAAAAAGGUUACCCAAAUAUAAAAAUAUAAAACAUCCAUAAUAAAACAAUCCCAUUAAAGCAUUAGUACACAUGGCUGCUGUCUAAUACUUUCUCAUCUUACACUUUUUAUUGUAAAUGGCGACUGCUUUGGAAAGAGACUUGGAUAUGUGACAAUAGGUUCCUUUGAAAGGCAUCCUAUUAUACUAGCUUUCCCUCUUUCCGCUGUGCAGCUUUUCCUUUUUAUUAAUAUCAGUAGUACUUGCCACAAUCUGUUCAGAAGGAGCUCCAUAAGAUACGACUUAAUGCCACUAUGGUCUGCUGUGAAAUCUUCAGCAAAACCCCAUUGGGGAGUUGAAAAGAUAUCAUCUCCAUGUUGCAAAAAUUGGCAUAGGCAAAGCCUGCCAAUAUUAUAAUUUGAAAAACUAGAGAUAAACAAAUUGAAUUCGUUUUGUUUUCCAUGCACAUAAUAGAGAUUUCAUUUCUGAGCAGUAUGCUCUUUCCUCCCUUUUCAAUGUUCAUAAUUAAUCAUACUUCUUACUUGUAUGAAGUGCCUCACAGUUUCAAGUCACUGCUGCUGACUAAUUAAGGAUCACUUCAAUCACCAUUUAUGUCAAUAUUGACCCAGAUAUUGUACUGUGUCAUGAUGCUUGAGAAAAUGCAUUUAUUUCCUGUUUUAAAAAUAAGGAAUUAACACAGUGGUCUGGUCUGGACGUUAUGAAAAAAUGGGUUACUGCUACAUGCACAAGCCUUGGACUACUGCACUGCUUUAGCUGUCCUCCUCCUCUUGUGUGGUUUCCAAUUUCAAUUAACCACAAUCUAAUGUUGCAUCCAAAAUUUUGGUUAAUCUUAACUACAUUAGUAGAAACAAGCACUGGAAAAUGUACUGAACAUUCUUACAUCAGUCUUAUCCAGCUUCAGUCAUCAUCCCUGGCUGCAGAGAGAACAAACAAAGACCUAAUUUGGAUUUAAAAAAGGAGAACUGGAACAGAUCUCUAUCUGCCUAACUGCACACACUUGCUUCAUAGAUGUCUGCCUUAGUGUGUUGCAGCUUAAACAUGGUCACAAAUAGUUUUCAUUGAGUGUAAAAAAUUUCCCCUUGAUAAAGAGCCUCCUCAAAACAUGUUGGUAACCAAAUCCAGUUGAGUAGCUAGCUACCUUUUCUGUCUUUGAUUCCUCCCCGCAUGGCUGUAAUUGAUUCCCUUUGUUUUGUGGGAACAGUUCAAACCCUAAUAGAAGCUUCAGUGAGAAAAUUAGGAAAUCAUAUAUUGUGAAGGAAUUUAUCCUUCUAUUAAAGGUCAUUGGCAGUGCAAUCCUGCACAUGUCUACUCAAAACUAAGUCCCAUUGAGCUCAGUUGGGCCUGCUCUCAGGUAAGUGGAUGUAGCAUUGCAGCCCUAAUUUCUUACCUAUAUGCAAAAGUAUAUUUUAUUGAGGAAUUAUUCAGUAAUAGGUUUUAGGAAUAAUUUCUGGCAUCAUGAUGCAUAAAUAACAAAGUCAUGCUGGUGGGAAGAAAAUUGCUUUUCUUAUUCCAUCUGCUGUGAAAUACCAAACAUACUUCUCUCAGUCUAGUGAAUCUAUCACUGUUAAUCCUUGUUUUCCCUUAAAUCUAAUAAGUUGGUCCUCCAAAAACUCUAGCCCUCUAGUCAAAUUUCACAGUGUUGAUCUUCCAAUCUCCAUACUAAUACCUGGAAACUUUAAUAUUCUGUCAAAAAAUGAAUUUCCCCUUGUAAAUAUAUUCCUACUACUUCUAACCUAAUGAGAAAGUAACUAUACUUAUUAUUCUCAACUUUUAUUGUAUUUUGUUCAAGUGUAAAAUGUGUUAUUGCUAGAGUUAACUCUGAUUCGUUUCUUAACCUUUCUUUCCAAUCACUACUAAUCUAGGACUACUUGCAUUUUAAAGGUGCUGUUCAAAUGUAAUGGGAAAUCUUAGUUUUACACCCUGUGACUGAGCCCCAGCAAGCCUUGGGCUCAUAUGGGCUCCCUUCUCUCUCCUUCUCUUUCGUGCUUGCAUGGAGGCAAACCAAGGCUUUCCUUUCCAAAUUUAAACAAACCAUAGUUCCCUGUGAUUUCUGAACUUGGGGGAACUCUGGUUGGUUUGUUCAAAAGGUGGUUUCACAACAAGGCAGGCUUUGUUACCAUCGUUUGAUUCUGACUUGCUCUCACUAACCAUAGUUUAAACCAUGGAUUGGCAGCGUGGCACCCGUGGGCAUACAUGCACUUUCAGAAGGCUUCAUGAGCACUUGCAGGGCCAGGGUUGGCUCAUCCCGUGUUGCCACCUAAGGCAAAAGGGGAACGUGUCCCCCGCCCCCCUUUCUCCAAACUUGGCGAGGGGAGGAGUGUUCCACAAGGCAGCAAAAGUGGUGGGGCUUCCACCACCUGAGGGCGGGUGCGUCACCCCACCUUAUUGGUGGGUCGGCUCUGCACAGGGUCCAGUCUCCUCAUAUUCCUCCUCCCUUCAAAUUAAGCUUGAAAUAAGCCUUCUAUUGUAGCCAGCAGAAAGCUGUUUUCAAGCUUGACUUGGGUAUAGGAUUAUGGAGUGGGUUUACAAACUGGGAGGAAAGAAUCAACCUCCCUUUACUCCACUGUGAUUCCCUCCUGUGACACAAUUAGGCUUCCAAGAAUCCCUCCAUUGGCUAUAAUAGGUUUCUUUCCAGCCCAUUUUUUUGAGAGGGGGGAGGGAGUGAUUUUGAGGGAGGAUUACCCCUUUCUUCCCCAGCUGUGGCCUCCCUCCCAAAUAUGCUGCAGUUGGGCUUCCUUAGAUGUCUUAUUUCAAGCCUUUUUUUUUUUAAGCAGGGGAGGGAGGCGGCUUCCUGGAGACUGCAGAUGGGAAAGGAAGGUUAACUGUUGCCUCCCCAGCUGCACUCAGUCUUCAGGAAGAUUCCCUCCCAUCCCAAAAUAAUUAGGUUUGGGUGUGUGUGCAUGUGGUUGCGAUGUUUCUGAGAUCAUACCCAUAUGUGUGCAUGGUUGCAUUGUGCAUAUGCUGCCCCAAAGAGUUUUUCUGCUUUUCAAAUGCACUCACAGGCCAAAAAGGCUCUGUGACCUAAGCAAACCAUGCUUCUCCAAGUUCAGGCAGUGUGGAAAACUGUUAGUUCAAAAGUGGAAGAAGAUGUUUCCAAUCCUCUCCCCUCUGGUAACUGAAAAGAGAAGCGGAGUGGAGAGGGGGGAGCGUAAGAGUUUGAGGCUCUUGUUGUUGUUGUUUAGUCGUUUAGUCGUGUCCGACUCUUCGUGACCCCAUGGACCAGAGCACGCCAGGCACUUCUGUUCUCCACUGCCUCCCGCAGUUUGAUCAAACUCAUGCUGGUAGCUUCAAGAACACCAUCCAACCAUCUCAUCCUCUGUCGUCCCCUUCUCCUUGUGCCCUCCAUCUUUCCCAACAUCAGGGUCUUUUCCAGGGAAUCUUCUCUUCACAUGAGGUGGCCAAAGUAUUGGAGCCUCAGCUUCACGAUCUGUCCUUCCAGUGAGCACUCAGGGCUGAUUUCCUUAAGAAUGGAUACGUUUGAUCUUCUUGCAGUCCAUGGGACUCUCAAGAGUCUCCUCCAGCACCAUAAUUCAAAAGCAUCAAUUCUUCGGCGAUCAGCCUUCUUUAUGGUCCAGCUCUCACUUCCAUACAUCACUACUGGGAAAACCAUAGCUUUUACUAUACGGACCUUUGUUGGCAAGGUGAUGUCUCUACUUUUUAAGAUGCUGUCUAGGUUUGUCAUUGCUUUUCUCCCAAGAAGCAGGCGUCUUUUAAUUUCGUGACUGCUGCCACCAUCUGCAGUGAUCAUGGAGCCCAAGAAAGUAAAAUCUCUUACUGCCUCCAUUUCUUCCCCUUCUAUUUGCCAGGAGGUGACAGGACCAGUGGCCAUGAUCUUCGGUUUUUUGAUGUUGAGCUUCAGACCAUAUUUUGCGCUCUCCUCUUUCACCCUCAAUAAAAGGUUCUUUAAUUCCUCCUCACUUUCUGCCAUCAAGGUUGUGUCAUCUGCAUAUCUGAGGUUGUUGAUAUUUCUUCCGGCAAUCUUAAUUCCGGCUCGGAUUCAUCCAGCCCAGCCUUUCACAUGAUUAAUUCUGCAUAUAAAUUAAAUAAACAGGAGACAAUAUAUAGCCUUGUUGUACUCCUUUCCCAAUUUUGAACCAAUCAGUUGUUCCAUAUCCAGUUCUAACUGUAGCUUCUUGUUCCACAUAGAGAUUUCUCAGGAGACAGAUGAGGUGAUCAGGCACUCCCAUUUCUUUAAGAACUUGCCAUAGUUUGCUGUGGUCGACACAGUCAAAGGCUUUUGCAUAGUCAAUGAAGCAGAAGUAGAUGUCUUUCUGGAACUGUCUAGCUUUCUCCAUAAUCCAGCGCAUGUUUGCAAUUUGGUCUCUGGUUCCUCUGCCUCUUCUAAAUCCAGCUUGCACUUCUGGGAGUUCUCGGUCCACAUACUGCUUGAGCCUUCCUUGUAGAAUUUUAAGCAUAACCUUGCUAGCAUGUGAAAUGAGUGCAAUUGUGCGGUAGUUGGAACAUUCUUUGGCACUGCCUUUCUUUGGGAUUGGGAUGUAGACUGAUCUUCUCCAAUCCUCUGGCCACUGCUGAGUUUUCCAAACUUGCUGGCAUAUUGAGUGUAGCACCUUAACAGCAUCAUCUUUUAAAAUUUUAAAUUUUAUUAACUGGCCUUGUUAUUUGCAGUGCUUUCUAAGACCCAUUUGACUUCACUCUCCAGGAUGUCUGGCUCAAGGUCAGCAACCACACUACCUGGGGUGUACAAGACAUCCAUAUCUUUCUGGUAUAAUUCCUCUGUGUAUUCUUGCCACCUCUUCUUGAUGUCUUCUGCUUCUGUUAGGUCCUUACCACUUUUGUCCUUUAUUAUGGUAAUCUUUGUACGAAAUGUUCCUUUCAUAUUUCCGAUUUUCUUGAACAGAUCUCUGGUUCUUCCCAUUCUGUUGUUUUCCUCUAUUUCUUUGCAUUGCUCGUUUAAGAAGGCCUUCUUGUCUCUCCUUGCUAUUCUUUGGAAAUCUGCAUUCAAUUUCCUGUAUCUUUCACUAUCUCCCUUGCAUUUUGCUUGCCUUCUCUCCCCGCUAUUUGUAAGGCCUCGUUGGACAGCCACUUUGCUUUCUUGCAUUUCUUUUCAUUGGGAUGGUUUUAGUUGCUGCCUCCUGUAUAAUGUUGUGAGCCUCCACCCAUAGUUCUUCAGGCACUCUGUCCAGCAAAUCUAAAUCCUUAAACCUGUUCCUCACUUCCACUGUGUAUUCAUAAGGGAUUUGGUUUAGAUUGUAUCUUACCGGCCCAGUGGUUUUUCCUACUUUCUUCAGUUUAAGCUUGAAUUUUGCUAUAAGAAGCUGAUGUUCUGAGCCACAGUCAGCUCCCGGUCUUGUUUUUGUUGACUGUAUAGAGCUUCUCCAUCUUUGGCUGCAGAGAAUAUAAUCAAUCUGAUUUCGAUGUUGCCCAUCUGGUGAUGUCCAUGUGUAGAGUCGUCUCUUGUGUUGUUGGAAAAGCGUGUUUGUGAUGACCAGCUUGUUCUCUUGACAGAACUCUAUUAGCCUUUGCCCUGCUUCGUUUUGAUCUCCAAGGCCAAACUUGCCAGUUGUUCCUUUUAUCUCUUGAUUCCCUACUUUAGCAUUCCAAUCCCCUAUAAUGAGAAGAACAUCCUUCUUUGGUGUCACUUCUAUAAGGUCUUGUAAGUCUUCAUAGAAUUGGAGAAUUUCACUUUCUUCAGCACCAGUAAUUGGUGCAUAAACUUGGAUUACUGUGAUGUUAAAAGGUCUGCCUUGGAUUCGUAUCGAGAUCAUUCUAUCAUUUUUGAGAUUGCAUCCCAGUACAACUUUCGCCACUCUUUUGUUGACUAUGAGGGCCACUCCAUUUCUUUUACGGGUUUCUUGCCCACAGUAGUAGAUAUGAUAGUCAUCCGAACUGAAUUCGCCCAUUCCCGUCCAUUUUAGUUCACUGAUGCCCAGGAUGUCAAUAUUUAUUCUUGCCAUCUCAUUUUGGACCACAUCCAACUUACCCAGGUUCAUGGUUCUUACAUUCCAGGUUCCUGUGCAAUAUUUUUCUUUACAGCAUUGGACUUUCCUUUCACUUCCUUUCCUUUCGUUUGAGGCUCACCAGGGCUCAUUUAUGUAUCAGGAAACCCUGGUUUCCCAUCAUUUUGAAUGGGGACAGAAGAAUUUGUUGUAGAGGCUGAUAGACUGGAUUCACAGAAGUAAAGAGUGACUUAUAAGCUUGGAGUUCACAAACAUACAACAAGGAAGAUAUAUAAUUGUUCCAAAUCUCUGUAUCUAUCUAUAUUUUCUUCAUGCUAGAAGAAGAGGAGAAAAAUUCUAAAAGAUAAGAAAGUCAAAGCAGGAGACUAAUGUAGUGGUAUAAAACAGAAAGGAACACAUCUUGCAAAUAACAACUCAGCACUACUCUCUAUUAGAACACUUACUACUGUUCCCUAGUCAUUUCACAAGGCUUCCACAGGACUGUUUAAAAGAAAGCUGAUAUCACUGUAAGAUACAUUUUAUAAACUUUAGUCUCCUUUUUAUUGCUCAUUAUACUGUAUUUCCUGUCAAUAUUAUACCUACUCUGCAGCAGUAUUCACAUUUGAUAAAAAGAAGCUAUUGAAGUUAUGGUUGCAUUAAAAUUUAAUGCUGCAUGAAUCUAAGCAAGGCUCCAUGGAAUAGAAUUCCAGAACAGGCAGUACAAGUGUAACUUAGAACUAUAUAAUUAUGCAAGCAAGACUUCUUGGCAAGUGAGGCCCCAAAUCAAUUGCUGUUCAAAGGAAACUUAAUUUAUCAGCUCAUUUGGAAAUGGUUAGUUUCCUUAUUGAUGACACCAUAAUAUAAUUUACCUUCCAUGUUUGUUAAAGCUAGUCAUCAUCACAUUGGCUAAUUAAUUUUUCUUAGGCUGGUUCUGGUGUCCGGCUUCGUCAUGAGUCAAUGGUGGUCACUCCUCACUGCCCUCUGUGGGCAGCGAGGAGGUUCAGGCAGGGGAAAGCCAGGAUUCAUGAGGCAAAAAUCCUGGCAAUGUUCCCCAGUGGGGUCUGGGGAGCUCACUGCAUCCCACUAUGCCGCUCAAGCCUGUGUCUGCCAACUUGAAAGGCAGAGCUGGUGCGACCUGGGAAUGUGUCCCUGCCAUGGAUGAGUCUCCGUCUCUGGCAUGAUUUGCGCUUGGUUCCUCCAUAAUUUGGAGAAUUGGUAUUAAUUAAGAGGCGCCGCGGACCAACAUAUGCUAAAGGGCUGCAAUCAGCCAGCUGCCGAAAGGACUGGGCUUGGCUCUUUGAAGGUACUUGAAUGGGAUUUUUGAAGCUUGAGAAUCCUUACACAGCCGGGAAAGGAAGGGGGAGGACAAGGUGCUUUGUGCUUUCAUAUAGUUUUCAAAUGGUCUCCUUUCUUCUUGUCCACCCCUGCAAAAUGAAAGAGAUGUGUGUAGCUACUGUUAUGUUAUUCUGUUUGUUACCUUGGAAAAGAGGGGGGAGGCUUUUGGUUUAUGCUCAACAAGGAAUUUAUCAAGGUUUUACUAUGCCCUCCCACCUCAACCGAGGUUGAAUGGACUUUAUUUAAAAUUAUUCCUGGACUGGACUAGGAGUGCUGUUGGUGCAGUGAUAAAAGAAUGAAAGGCUGCUGAACAGAUCUGGCAAAGAGGUUGAAAUUGAGAAAAUAUCUUGUUUUCAACUGUGUGCCAAGGAAGGAUUACAGAGCGGAAUUUUAGUGACGGGAGACUAGGUAUGCACAGCGAGUUAUUUAUGGCCACAGCUUGUGCACUAGUCGGUAAACAGUGGAAGCAAUGGAAUGUGACCUUUUACCAUCCAGAUGAACACUGCAAAGAACUGAACAAUGGAUGAUAAUAAUUAACCCUCCCAGCACACCAGGUCUAUAUGAAGGACUACACACGUGAAACGGAUUACAGUGGUACCUCGGGUUACAUACGCUUCAGGUUACAGACUCCACUAACCCAGAAAUAGUACCUCAGGUUAAGAACUUUGCUUCUGGAUGAGAACAGAAAUUGUGCUCCGGCGGCGCAGCAGCAGCGGGAGGCCCCAUUAGCUAAAGUGGUGCUUCAGGUUAAGAACAGUUUCAGGUUAAGUAUGGACCUCCGGAACGAAUUAAGUACUUAACCCGAGGUACCACUGUACUCAUUUAUAAGAUGUAACGGAGGUGCUGGAAGAAUGUUUGACGGCAAGUGAAGGAUGUCAACUGCGGCAAUGUGAGGCAAUGAUGAUGAUCAUAUGUUCAGAACAGGAGCGGGAAACCUGAUUUUAAGAAAUUGUAUUAAAUUAAUUUAAUUUGGCUUGAUUUGUAAUAAUUUGGAAAAGUAAUAAAAGUAAUUUGAAAAAAUAACGAAACAUGUUCUGUCACAAUCAUAGCAGAGUUGCACAGUCUGAUAUAAAAUAAUGGGUGUACCUUUUGGUCAAGGUUGGAACUUAAUACAUAUGUGAAGGGGACUUAUGUGUAUGCUGUACGAUGGUGUAAUAAAAUAUGUCAGCUUUGAAAUGUUCCUCUAAGAGGAGUUAGUUAACACACAUGUUUUUGGGUUCUAUGGCUUUCAGCUCUUAACUUCCAUUCACUUUCUCUUGUGAAAUGCUGUCCUACUUCCUUGUGUCCAAAUUAAUCAUCUUCAAACACGCCCUGGAAGAUAAUAUACUUGUAUUUCAUUUUGACUCAAUAGCGACAUCAGUAUGUCAAAUCAAAAUUAUACCUGCAUCAAAAGUGAUGCCAAUCUCCUGUGCAUUAUUUUACACAACAAAAGUAGCAGGACUACUUUUAAAAUGCAAGCUUCAAUUUAAGUGAAAAUACUUGAAUUAAAUACCUUUAAAAAACACACCACUGGCAACAGGUUGAUUUAACUGCAAGCAAAAACAAAAACAAGCAAUGCUUAGGAUUGCUUCAAAAGCUGUGGUUUACACAGUGCUGAAUACAGUUAGCUACACCUGUGGUUACAGUGUUUUCUGUACCAGUUUUAGCACUUCACUUGACACCUGCUUAGUUGUUUUUCUCUUGUAGAAAAGGUUGAGUUUGCUUCCAGCACUAUGUUCAUUAACCUUCCAUGGUUUUAAAGCUUUCCUACCAAUAUUAAAAAGUAUCUCAGAUAAGGCCAGCCCCAAAUAAAAAUAAAAAGAUAAAUAAAAUAAAUAAUAAAAAAAUAAAUCAUCUCUAAAUUUUAGCACUUGUGUGUGAGAGACCUUAUCAGAAACCCAGCAAAUAUUGUAAUACGACACAGUUUAUGAUUAAGAGAGAUGACUUUUAAAGCCAGAAUUUUAAUUCAACCAUGUGAUUACCAAUGCAUAGACAGCUGUAUUCGAGCUGUCCUGAUCCAGGAAUGGCCAUAUCUGUCUUACCAACCAAAGCUGGUAUGGAUGAGCCUAUGGCCAGUGGCGAAGCUGCAUGCUCUGCUUCUGGGGGUGGAGAGCAGGAGGGGGCAUGGAUGGCACCCCCCCGGGAGUGUGACGCGCCACCCGGGGGUGUGGUAUGCCACCCGCGAGGGUUUGGUGCGCCAGCCCGCAGGGGCAUGGCCCGCGUUCUGGGGGUGUGAUGCGCCACUUGUGGGGGCGUGGUGCCCGGUGCAUGCGGGGGUGCGUGGCGUGUGUCCGGGGAGGGGGCGUUGCAAUGGCACCCUACCAGAAUAGUGGUGCCGGGGGCGGUCCGCUCCCUCCGCACUCCCGUUCCUCCACUAGCGCCUAUGGCCAUAAUAUAAUUGGUCACGGAUACCUUCAAGUAAUGUAAAUAAAUUAAAUUAUUGACAGCCUUGGGAUGUAUAGUCUCCUCACAUUUACUUCCAACAGCCAAACUGCUGAGAGAAUUGGAGGCAGCAAAAUUAAGAUCAAACUAGAUGCGGAUGGUAUAAUGAUUAGCUGUCAAAACCCUGUGAAAUCGUUGGGGGAACUGUCUGAGGUUAUUCAGCAAAUUGGUGCAGUAUCUGGAUAUAAAAUUAAUAGAAACAAAUUAGAAUUAAUUGGUCUGCACUUUGGUGGAAUAGCCAAGCUGGAUUUUUUUUUUUUUUAGCUAAACAUAGGUUAAAAUGUUCUGAAAAGCAGUUAAGUGUCUCAUAAUAUAUUUAUCAGAGGACCUGAAGUUAUUGUUUGUGAAUAAUUGUGAACUGGUUAUAAAGAAUACAUAAAGGAGGUUACAGAUAAUGGGAAACUAUUCAAAUGAUCACGGUUUGGCAUGAUUGUCUCAGUUAAAGUGUACCUAAUUCCAUAAUGGUUAUUUUUAUUUAAAAUAAUUCUAUUAUUUUUUUUAAUGUAAUCUGUUUUUCAGUAGCUGAUAUAUAAUUAUAAAUGUUUUUAUUUCAGAGGAGAGAAAAUUACAACAAAAACAUAAAUGUCAAUAAUAUAUAUAACCAUAAAAAUCAAAUCCUAUAUAAAUACAAAAACUCGCUGAACCCCCCAAGUUAAACCACUGGUUUAAAAACUGAGAAGCCUAGACCACAUGAGUUAGGUAAAAGGCCUGGGUGAUCAGAAAAUCUCUUUGAAGCUGGGGGAGGGACGCAGUGGCGGAGCUUCAUGCUCUGGCACCGGGGGGGGGGGCAGAGAGCAGGCGGGGGCGGGGCUGGCACCUGCAGGGGCAUGGCGCCCAGCGUGGGCAGUGGGGCAGCCGCAAUGGCACCCCACCAGGAUCGCGCUGCUGGAACAGGGCGGUGCGCUCCCCCUGCACUCCUCUUCCUAUGCCAGUAGAGGGACGAUGGUGGAUCGAUCGCCUGUCAUUGGCUGCCUGCGAUGUUAAAUGCCACAUAAUAUUUUUCUUAAUGUAGCUUAUAAUUAAUUGUUUCUGCUUGAUUGCUUCAUGUUUUUCUUGUGUGUCAGGACUUGAUAAUCUUUAGUGACGACGAGCCCUCAACUACUGAUGUGCAACCAACAUUUCCAACUAAGGUCCCUGUAGAGGAAUUGGCAACAGAUACAAAGAUAACGGCCGGGAACUCCUGGAAUGCGAGUAAGUAGAAAACAACAAGUAGAAGGCAAGUAGGUUAAAAGCAAAGGCAGAAUUUGCAUUCAAUUGCACCUUCAGAAGGAAGUAGCAGCUGGGAGGAAAGGCAGCUUUCAUCAGGAAGAUGGUGUAGGAAUGGAAAGGGAUUAAAAAACCCAAAACCCUCCAAUCCAGAUUGGGGGGCCCUACAGUUGCUUCUUCUAAAGAAAGAGAUGUGACCAGUUUACAAUGUGUUAUUUUUAAAAUAGUCUCAAUUCUAGUCACAAAAAUUCUUAAACCAUUGUAGACUUCUUUCCAGGGCUGGCCCAAUGCAUUCUGGCACCUGAGACAAACCACAAAAUGGUGUCUUCACCCACUCCCACCAGCGAAGGAGGAGUGAGAGAAGAUCUACAUUGAGAACAAAGGGGGGAAUCAAAUCAACCUUACCCAAUGGUUGAAGUGGGAAUCAAAGGCUGGUGUGUGUGGGGCAGGGGGGUAGACACCUAAUCUGAUUCAUGCUAGGUGGAUGCAGAGCCCAGGAGAUCCCAGAGGGCGGCCCUCACUAUUUCCUCUCUGGGGUAGAAGACCAGCAGCACCUCCUAUUCACCAAAAGGCCACUGUAUGGGUGGCAUGUGGGGGGCUACCAAGCUGGUGGCAGAUUUGGGCUCCAAGCAUGGGCGUGGCCGGGGGGGCAGCUGCACCCCCCGAUCACGUAAAACAAUAGAAAUACUUAACUAACCAAUCAUGUCAGUUCUGCCACCCCAACAAAAGUCCUCCCCCCCCCAAAGUCUUGACCCCACUAACAAAAACCCUGGCUACACCCAUGGCUUCAAGGAGCACAUUGCUACAAUGAUGGCAGCAGCAACUGCAUUCUUGGGAGCUGAGUUCUGCUGCCCCUGUGGAUUCUGCUGCCUGAGGCUGUCACAUCCCUUUGCCUCAAGGCCCAGUACUAGAACGUCAGAUGAACUAAGUACAUGGGUUGGCGGCUGGUUCAUGACUGGCAAAAUAAAGUAUUUUACAGAACAUAAAUUAACAAUAGAAUUUACUGCCAUGACAUGUUGUGACUAACACAGUUUAGUGCAUUCUCUAUAACCUCACAAACCGUUGCCAUAGAGACAAACAAUGUCAUACAAGAACACAGAAAGGGUCUCAGGUGGUAGAUAUUAUUGAUAGAAAAGUAAGCAGUGGGAGCUGGUGGACUCAAGAAACCAGGAUUCUAUUUUCAUGCUGGGCCUUGUCUCCUUGGUGGGGUGCGACUGUGCUGUGGAAGAUCUCACAGAUUAGAAGCUGAAAUGAUUUUCAUUAUUGUGUUCCAUAACAUACCUAUUUCUGCUUUUAAAACUAUGUAGGUGGGAGAAUGCGCGCGCGCGCGCGCACACACACACACACACAGUGUGAAAGUAUCCUACAGUAACACUGAAGUGUCUUAAGUGCUCUUUUUCUGUAUUUUGCCAGAAAAUAAUAAUCCCUUGCCAUGUUGUAGACUGAAAUAAAGUUGGGAUAUUUGGAAGAACAGAGCCACUCAAAAUUAAGUUAAUUUCAAUUUAAGAAUUAAUUAUUAAAAUAAUAAUAAUAAUAGUGAAAUACAGUGGUACCUUGGUUUGCAACCGUUUUGGAUUACUACCGUUUUGGAUUACAACCACGUCAAACCUGGAAGUGCGUGUCCCAUUUUUUUGGAUCACAACCCAUUUUUUUUUAUUACAACCCUUUUUUUUUUGGGGGGGGGAGGCACCAUUGGCGAAAGUGCGCCUUGGGUUACAACCUGUUUUGGUUUACAACCAAAGGUACCACUGUAUUCCAUUUUCAUCAAAGCUAACUUAGGGGUUGGGAUUCACUUUGAAGAAUAGACUUCCUAAAGACAAAUUUCAGCAUAACCCCUAAUGAUAACAAAUUGAACAUGGGUUACAUCCAAAUCUGUCAAAUCUCAAUUAAUUUGUUUUGCUGAGAACGUACUCUUGCCUUCUCUUAAUGCUAGUGGUACAGUUUUAUGUUAUUAAAAUGCCUUGGAUUUAAGUACUUCCCUGGCUUUUCAUAUCUUACGUGGCUUCUUUCCACAAAUAAUGUGCACAAGUCAGAUAAUACUAAUAGUUUAUGACAUUUGAUUUUUCCAAAGAGGGUCAUCAGCUUUCUCUCUAGAGACUUUCAGAUUCAUUAUGUUUCAAACUGUGAAAACAUCCUUGAUUUUGUCAGCAGGAAUACCGGUAUCUUUUUGAAAGGUUAAGUAGACUGACAAAGAUAGUAGAACAGAGGGAUAAAGAGUAGAGUAAGUGCAGACUGUAGUAAGCACAAACCACAAUCCACCUGUUGAUUUUUUUAAACCAUGAAAUGAACAAUAUUUUGUUCUCAUGUCAGUCUGAAGUCCUUGCCACUAGUAAUUUCUGAGAAGUUGCUUAUUUAUUGUAAGAGUACAAAUAGGGUGAGGUGGAUGGGAAUUGUAGUCUAACAACAUCUGGGGAGUUAAGGUUGAGUAAUUUGUUUUAUUUUUAGAAAUAAAAGACUCAGACUGCAUGGUUUACACAAGCCCAAUUUUGUGUUUCUAUACAAAUAAUUUAGAAACAUUUCCUACUUUGGAAUAUAAGUUUUAUUGUCUGUGUUUUCUUACUGCUGUAUGGAAAAGCACAUGAAUUUUACCUCUGAAGAAUUUGUAAGUAAAACAUGUGGUUUCUCUUUUUAUGCUAAGGGAAGAGGAAAACUUGGCAGCAACUUAGAAGGGAAUGAGGUCAAACCUAUAUUUCCACAUUUUACUUUGCUGCAUAUUUUGUGAUUUUAAAUCUUUGCUAGGGUUCUCUCACCAAAGAGUACUUGCCACAUAGGGAAAUAGGGAUGCGCAUAAUUCUAUAAACUAAUCAACAGCUAAUCUGUGCAGGAAAGUGGGAUGGAUUAGGACAGCAGAGAAUUCCAGCAAGUUACACAGACAUAGUAAUUCUUGACUCGUUCUCCUUUUCUCCCCCACUCAGAAAAUUAGCUUUUCAUUUUGCACACAUGAAAUUAGGAUAGUGUCUUUACUUUCACCUGGGAGUCUUCAGGAAAGUCAGAGGAGCUGAUGAGUGUGGAUUUCAGUACCGAACACUGAGAAACUCCCCGCUGCUUGUCAUGUUGAGGCAGAAUGCCUCAGUGAAGACUGAAUAUGAGGUUUUCACUGAAAGGUAUAGAAGCCAACUCCUAGGGCCCCAUAAAAUAUAUGAGGGGGCCAGGCUCCCCCCAAAGUUGAUGGGCAUUGCUAUUCAAAUAGUGUGCAUGCAUUUUCCUCCUUAUCUCAGAGUCAGGAAUCUGGUGGGGAAUGACCAGGUUUCCUUUUGACGCAAGUCUUUUACUGGCUCCCUUGUUUGCCUCCCAGAUGAAACGCUUGGCUUGAAGCAUUCUCCUGAACUUGAUGUUUGGGUGGGAGGUCAGGUUUAUGGAUCUUUAAUGUCAGGCACUUCCAGCUCUUGGUCCUCCCCUCCCUGCUGUGCUUGCAUAUAGCCUAGUUCCUUAUCACUCUUGAUCAUUCAUUUGCCUUACUGAAAUUUGUACAGUAUAAUAGGCAAUUGAAUAAAAUUGGUAUGGAGAUUCCUAGGAAGAAAACUACUUCUAGAUGAUUAGCAUUUAAAUAGGACACAUAGCCAUUAAGGGCUGUAUUAUAGUCACUAAAUCAGCAUUCAGCUUGAGCAAGACAAAUUUGAAUACAAUAUUAUUAUAGCUCAUAAUUACAGAUAUUUAAGUGCAGUAACAUAGAUUAGCUACAUGAAACCAGGCUUGAAAUAACAAGGUUUCAUCAGGUCAUAUUCAAGUCAUAGUAUAGUUUUAUGGCUGAUAUUUGAAAGAGGGAUGGACAUUUCCUUAUUUGAAUUCCCUAUUUCAAAUAAGGAAAUGUCCAUCCCUCUUUCAAACAUUUGAAAUAGGGAUGGACAUUUCUUCUUUUUUUUUAUAAAUAUUUAUUAGGAUUUUACAAUAAACAUAGGUUUAAAAAAUUAAGAAAAUUAAACCGAAGAUUACACAUAAACAGAAAAAGAAAAGAGAUAACAAGAAUAAUACCAGAAAAACAAGGACCUAAAAAAUAAAAAGGAAAAUACAAAAAACAAAUGGCUAAAAAAGAAAAAGAGAGAAGAAGGAAAAAAAAAUUUAAAAGAGAAAAAAUCCAUUUUUCAAUAUCUUUAGGCUCAUUUACUUAUUUCCUUGACCUCCUCACACCUCCCCUUUUUGUAUUCCCGUUUACAAAAUCCUUUCAGCAAAUCCUUACCCUCUUUCAUUUAUCUUUACUCUAUAUCUUAACCUAUUAUAACUAUAUAUUUUCAUCCAUAUAACAAUCUAUAUUUGCAUAUUCUUAUUAACCUUAUUACCAAAACCACUUAUUUCCAUUCCAACAUCAUUUUAACAUUCAUUAAUUUUACAGUAUUUCUGCAAAUAGUCUUUAAAUUUCUUCCAAUCUUCUUCCACCGACUCUUCUCCCUGGUCUCGGAUUCUGCCAGUCAUUUCUGCCAAUUCCAUAUAGUCCAUCACCUUCAUCUGCCACUCUUCCAGGGUGGGUAAAUCUUGUGUCUUCCAAUACUUUGCAAUAAGUAUUCUUGCUGCUGUUGUUGCAUACAUAAAGAAAGUUCUAUCCUUCUUUGGCACCAAUUGGCCGACUAUGCCCAGGAGAAAGGCCUCUGGUUUCUUCAAGAAAGUGUAUUUAAAUACCUUUUUUAAUUCAUUAUAAAUCAUCUCCCAGAAAGCCUUAAUCCUUGGGCACGUCCACCAAAGGUGAAAGAAUGUUCCUUCAGUUUCUUUACAUUUCCAACAUUUAUUGUCGGGCAAGUGAUAGAUUUUUCAAAGCUUGACUGGGGUCAUGUGCCACCUGUAUAUCAUUUUCAUAAUAUUCUCUCUUAAAGCAUUACAUGCCGUAAAUUUUAUACCUGUGGUCCACAACUGUUCCUAGUCAGCAAACAUAAUGUUAUGUCCAACGUCCUGUGCCCAUUUAAUCAUAGCAGAUUUAACCGUCUCGUCCUGAGUGUUCCAUUUUAACAGCAAGUUAUACAUUCUUGAAAGUAUCUUUGUUUUAGGAUCUAACAGUUCUGUUUCCAACUUUGAUUUUUCCACCUGGAAGCCAAUUUUUUAAUCUAAAUUAUAAGCCUCUCUUAUUUGAUAAUAAUGAAGCCAGUCUCGCACUUUAUCUUUUAGUUUCUCAAAACUCUGCAAUUUCAAUUUGUCUCCUUCUUGCUCCAAGAUUUCCCAAUAUUUCGGCCACUUGGCCUCCAUAUUGAGCUUUUUCAGGGCCUUUGCCUCCAUCGGUGACAACCACCUUGGAGUUUUGUUUUCAAGUAAGACUUUAUAUCUUGUCCAGACAUUAAACAAUGCUUUUCUGACAAUAUGGUUUUUAAAUGCUUUAUGUGCUUUAACCUUGUCGUACCAUAAGUAUGUGUCAGGGAACUGCCAUCGGACGGAAGGGAGGUGAAAGGGCUCACACAGGUUGGGAGAGACGCAGCAGCUGAAGAGGAAACCAACAGGGAGGUGAAAGGGCUCACACAGGUUGGGAGAGACGCAGCAGCUGAUGAGGGAACCAGCAGGGGGAGAGGAGCUGAGCUGGAGGGAUGGCUCAGAGACACUUCCAGCGAAACAGUGGAGAGGUUUCAGGACCUCCUGUAAGAACACCCACUCCUCGCCGGAAACUGUCACGCAGAGAUUCCAGAAGACGUGUUUCCGUUAAGGAGCUUUUAUGUUGGAAGCGAUUACGAAAGCAACCACUGUCGGAAUCUGCUAGUGACUAGAGUAGCCAUGUCUGAGGGGCUCUGUCACAGACAGAGGUUUGUGGACUUGAACAAACUCUGAGGGGAUACGAUUUUACGCACAAGCAGCUCAUCAUCCCAUCACAGCAUUCCGACAGUCUUUGAAAGCAGCUUGUGCAGGAGAAGGUAUCAUGAGCAACCCAGCCGGAACCGGAGAAGCAGGAGCUGGAGCGGGUCCAAGCCUGGAAGAAAGGUACCAGAUGUUGGAGGUCCAGCUAGCGAUGCAGACGGCGAGGCUUGAGGAGAGGAGGGCUCAGGAUGCAGACAAAGGGGAAAGCCACCCAGUUCGCCAGAAAGGUACCAGGAUUGGUGCAGAAGUUUGGGGGAGCCCAAAAACUAUCAUGGUUUUCGGACAGAAAUGCAAUAUGCCCUCAAUCUGCAGUUUGAUGAAUUCCCUGACGAGGAAUCACGAGUGGCUUUCGUGAUUGAGCAUCUUGAAAAGGGGCGAGAGACUGGGUUAGACCCCUGAUGGCAGCGAAUAGUGACGUCUUAAAAGACACGAUGAAGUUCUUUCGCGCCAUGGAUCUGAUGUUUUCCAGCGAUAUUGAAAAGGGAGUGGUGCGCAGACAGUUAAUGGGUUGCAAACAGGGGAGCCGAUCUGUCCGUGAGUACUGGACUGAGUUCACCAUGCUUGUUCACAGAUUGGGGUGGGACUUAUCGGCGGAACCCAUUCAAAUGCUCUUUGAAGAAGGGCUUUCUUCGGCUGUGAAAGACGAACUUUCCCGGGCGCCCAGGGCGGAGUCUAUGGACCAGCUGACCAAAUCAGCGCUGGCCAUAGGAGCGCGCCAGGAGGCGAGAGCAUUGGAGAGGCGGGAAGGGAAAGGGAACGUUGGAAGGAGUUCCGCAUUCCAGACAUUCCAGAGCCACCUUUCCCACCGGCAGAGCCGCUGGAAAUCGGAACAGCGCGCGCGCGCAGUUUCAAAGCCCAGUGAGGGGGCAAAGAAGGAGGGAAAAGGCGCCCGGAAAUGCUAUCUCUGCCAACAGCCAGGUCACUUUGCCAGAGUCUGCCCCCAGAGGAAAGAAUGGCAAGGGAUGGUAGGGGCUGUGGAUGGAAGAGAGGAAAAUAUACCGGAGCAAGUAAAAGCCAACGCCUGGCUGCCACUGUCAGGGCACAGCAGCCAGGCCAAAGAGCAGUGAGAGUGCCCACGCCAGAACCUCCUAAACCCGCCCUAGUGAUAGAAGUGACGCUAGAGCUGCCAAACGGACACCCUCUAAAGAUAAAGGCGCUGUUGGACUCAGGCAGCUCCUGCAAUUUCAUGAGCAAAGAGUUUGCAGCUGAACACCAGAUACAGACAAUCCCUUUAAGCAGCCCCUUGCAGGUGACCACGAUCGAUGGCAGGGAGCUGUUGGGUGGAGAAGUCAGCUUGCAGACCGUCCCAAUGAUAAUGAAGGUAGCAAGGCACACCGAACUGAUAGCUUUUAAUGUGGCCACCUUGGGAGGAGCUCCCAUUAUAUUGGGGAUGAGCUGGCUAGCGUUACAUGAUCCGCUGGUGGGCUGGCAUCAGAGAGUGGUUUCUUUUGGUUCAGCACAUUGCUUAGAACACUGCAAAGAGGGAAAGGGUUUGGCAGGGGUCCAAGCCACCCUAGCAGGGACUGAAGUAACAGAGAACGUGAAGGUACCACGACAAUAUGCAGAUCUCCGUGACGUCUUCAGCGAAAGGGAAGCUGACCAACUACCCCCGCAUAGACCCUUUGACUGUCAAAUCAACUUACUCCCUGGAGCACAGCUCCCUGUAGGCAAGCUGUACGCCAUGUCAGACAGAGAGAUGCAGGAGUUAAGAGAGUUCAUUGACAAGAACCUGAAGAGAGGGUUCAUCAGAGAGUCCAGGGCGGUGGGGGCAGCCCAGUGUUUUUGUGGAUAAGAAAAACACGAACAAGCCGAGGCUGGUGUGUGACUUCAGGGCCUUAAAUGCAGUGUCAGAACCAGUAGCCUUCCCUAUGCCCAGGAUUGACGACAUUUUGACAAGGGUGCAGAAGGGAAAGAUUUUUACAAAGCUGGACCUAAGGGGGGCGUACAACCUGGUACGAAUAAGGAAGGGGGAUGAAUGGAAAACCACUAUGUUCACCCCUUUAGGGGCAUUUGAAUAUUUGGUUAUGCCCUUCGGCCUACAAGGAGGCUCCGCAACAUUUCAAUCGUUUAUGAACCACGUCCUGGGGCCUUUGCUUUACAAGAAUUGUGUGGCCUUUUAGACGACGUGUUGGUGUAUUCUGAGAAUGAGGAGCAGCAUGUGAGAGACGUCAGAGAAGUGUUGAGCAGGCUGCAAGCCAACCAGCUGUGGGUGAAACUGGAGAAGUGUCAGUUUCAUACCAAGGAGGUGGAAUUCCUGGGGUAUCGCCUGUCAGACAAGGGAUUGGCCAUGGAUCCCGGCAAGGUCCAGGCUGUGCUGGAAUGGAAAACACCCAAAACAAAGAAGGAUGUGCAGAGGUUCCUAGGAUUUGGGAACUUCUAUCGUAAGUUCAUCCGAAACUUUGCCCACCUGACGGCGCCCAUUACGGACUGUCUCAGCAGUAAGAAGAAGUUCGUGUGGACUGAGGAGGCGGAGCGAGCAUUUGAGGAACUAAAAGGGCCUUCGCCUCGGAACAACAACUCCUGCAUGUGGAUUUACAAAAACCGAUGAGAGUGGAAACUGACGCAUCAGACAGAGCGAUUGGGGCGGUGCUUCUGCAGCCAGGCAAGAAGGGGUCAGAGUGGAGACCGUGUGCCUUUUGUCGCGAAAGCUGAACAAAUCCGAGAGGAACUACACGGUGUAUGACCGAGAACUACUAGCCAUUCAUGAGGCGUUCCGGAGAUGGAGGCACCUGCUAAUUGGCGCACAACAUAAGGUGCAAGUGUGCACUGACCACAAGAACCUAGAGUAUUGGAGGACGGCACGAGUGCUCAACCAACGGCAAGUGAGAUGGGCCCAGGAGUUCUCCAAAUUUAACUUUGAGAUUAGUUACGUGCCAGGCCCAGAGAACAUUAGGGCGGACGCUCUCUCACGCAAACCUGAAUAUUUGGAGGAGGGGGCACCCGAAGAGAGACAUGUCAUUCCAGAAGACCGCUGGGUGUGUGGGGCGGCAUUGGUGGGACAAAGAGAACUGGUAGAGGAAACAGAGAAUGAUGAAUACGCCCAGAAUAAGCUCAGAGGUCUUAGGGGUGAUGGAGAGGAACCAGGGGUUUCGAGGAAAGAAAUGGAGCUUUGUAUUACAAAGGGGCACUGUAUAUCCCUGAAGGAGAGUUAAGGGGAGGGUACUCAAGCAGUUGCACGACAGCCCUACGGCGGGGCAUUUUGGACAACACAAAACCAUGUGGUUGGUCACCAGGGAAUUUUGGUGGCCUAAGGUGAGGGAAGAUGUACGUGAGUAUGUAAGAGGGUGCGAGCAAUGCCAGCGAGCCAAAGGGGAAAGGCGGGCGCCGGCGGGGCUAUUAGAACCCUUACCAACCCCAGAACGACCUUGGGAGGCAGUGUCGAUAGAUUUUAUGACUGAUCUGCCGAAGUCCAAAGGGAAAACAGCCAUCAUGGUGGUGGUAGACCUACUAACAAAGAUGUGCCACUUUGUAGCUUGCUCGCAUGCAGUCACGGCGGAAGAGACAGCGAAGUUAUUUGUAGAAAACAUUUUUAGGUUGCACGGGGUGCCAUUGAGGGUGGUCUCAGACCGAGGAAAACAAUUUACUUCCAGGUUCUGGAGGAAGCUCAUGAGCUUACUGCAGGUGGAGGUCAAUUUUUCGACUGCCCGGCACCCUGAAACCAACGGGCAGGCGGAAAGAGCAAACGGUGUCCUCCAGCAAUACCUGAGGUGUUAUGUCAAUGACAGAGAGAAUGACUGGGUAGAAAAGUUGGCGCUGGCGGAAUUUGCCUACAACAAUGCCGAGAAUGUGUCCACAGGGAUGAGCCCCUUCUUGGCUAAUUAUGGGUGUCAUCCCAGGGCUUUCCCAGGGGAGAGGGGGAGAGAUGGAGCGUCCCGGCAGCCGAGCAUUUUGUGGAAGAAAUUGAAGGAAUCCAUCGUCAGCUCCAGCGCCAACUUAGAAAGGGCGAAGGAAGAAUACAAGAGGCAGGCAGACAAGAACCGAAGGGAAGGUGAAACCAUAAGGGUGGGAGAUAGGGUGUGGCUGUCAACCCAAGGGUUGCCGUUCAAAGGAGGUUGUAAGAAAUUAAGACCCAGGAGGUUGGGUCCCUUUGAGGUCAUUCAACAGGUCAACCCAGUGGCUUUCAGGCUCCGGUUACCCAACCACAUGAAACUGCACCCAGUAUUUCACAGGUCGUUACUGUCACCGUACGAAGGGGGACGAGAAGGGCUGGCCACUCGGGGACCGGUCGUAGAAGAAAGAGAAUGCAGCAGCCAUGUGGCAGAAAUCCUCGACGCCAGGUGGAAGGGGGAUCAGGUGGAGUAUUUGGUAGCGUGGGAAGGAGAACCGGAGUCAGAAAACACUUGGGUAAUGGCUGAAGAUAUCAAUGACGAGGUAUUGAUAGAAACGUUCCAUCAAAGGUUCCCAAGGAAACCUCAGCCUGUGGAGAGGUUCCGGAGGGAAUACUUUGGGACCACUGAUGAAGGGGAGGAGUUGGAAGGAUUCCCGGACUCGGAAGGGGAAGGGGAGAUGGACUCUGAGGAGGAGGUGUACUCCGAGCCCAGGAACCGCCACAGGUCCAGAGAAGUGUUCGAGUCAUCGGAAGAUGAAGGAAGUUCAUUCCGGGUUUUGCCUCCUCACCGCCCGUAGAGGAGGGGGCGAGAGGGGUGAAGGGGGCCCUGGAGGGGAGGUGGAUGUCAGGGAACUGCCAUCGGACGGAAGGGAGGUGAAAGGGCUCACACAGGUUGGGAGAGACGCAGCAGCUGAAGAGGAAACCAACAGGGAGGUGAAAGGGCUCACACAGGUUGGGAGAGACGCAGCAGCUGAUGAGGGAACCAGCAGGGGAGAGGAGCUGAGCUGGAGGGAUGGCUCAGAGACACUUCCAGCGAAAACAGUGGAGAGGUUUCAGGACCUCCUGUAAGAACACCCACUCCUCGCCAGAAACUGUCACGCAGAGAUUCCAGAAGACGUGUUUCCGUUAAGGAGCUUUUAUGUUGGAAGCGAUUACGAAAGCAACCACUGUCGGAAUCUGCUAGUGACUAGAGUAGCCAUGUCUGAGGGGCUCUGUCACAGACAGAGGUUUGUGGACUUGAACAAACUCUGAGGGGAUACGAUUUUACGCACAAGCAGCUCAUCAUCCCAUCACAGUAUGCAUGCCACCCAAAAACAUUAUUGAAACCUUCUAGAUCCAAAAUGUCUGUGUUCUCAAGAAGCAGCCAAUCUUUCAACCAGCAGAAUGCUGCUGAUUCAUAAUAAAGUUUAAAGUCUGGCAGGGCAAAUCCCCCUCAUUCCUUUGCAUCAGUUAAUAUUUUAAGUUUUAUUCUGGGCUUAUUGCCCUGCCAGACAAAUCUAGAAAUAUCUCUCUGCCACCUCUUGAAACAAUCCAUUUUGUCCAGAAUUUGUAGUGAUUGAAACAAAAACAGCAUUCUUGGCAAUACAUUCAUCUUUAUAGCAGCAAUUCGACCCAACAAGGAAAGCUUCAAAUUUGACCAUAUUUCUAAAUCCUUUUUCACUUCCGACCAACAUUUUUCAUAAUUGUCUUUAAAUAAGUUCCCAUUUUUAGCUGUCAUAUUAAUCCCCAAGUAUUUCACCUUCUUAACCACUGUUAAACCUGUCUCAUUCUGAAACCUCUCUUUCUCAAUCGGUGUUAAGUUCUUCUCAAGGACUUUAGUUUUUAACUUGUUCAACUUAAAUCCUGCCACAUAACCAAAUUCUUGGAUCAGUUCUAAUACUCUUUUAGUACUAGAUUUUGGCUCCUGUAAAGUCAGUACUAAAUCAUCUGCAAAAGCUUUCAAUUUGUAUUGUUUAGCUCCGACCUUUAUACCCUUGAUCAGAUGGUCCCUUCUAAUCAUAUUUAACAAGACCUCCAGGACCGAAAUAAAAAGCAAUGGGGAAAUUGGGCAACCUUGUCGUGUCCCUUUCUCUAUCUUGAAUUCCUCUGUCACACAUUGUUAAUUAUUAGUUUAGCCUUUUGUUCUGAAUAAAUUGCACUUAUACCAUUUUCAAACCCUUGACCGACCCCCAUCCCCUGAAGAUUUUUCUUCAUAAAGCUCCAAGAAAUAUUAUCAAAGGCUUUCUCGGCAUCUACAAAAAUUAAAACUGCUUUGGUGUUAAUGUCCACUUGCAACUUUUCCAAAAUGUUAAUUAUAUUCCUCGUGUUAUCAGACAAAUGUCUGCCUGGGAGAAAGCCAGCUUGGUCCUUCUGUAUCUCUUCCACUAAUACUUUUUUUAGCCUUUUGGCCAAAAUGUCAGCAAAUAUUUUGUAAUCCACAUUUAACAGGGAUAUGGGUCGGUAGUUCUUAAGUUGUGUCUUUUCAGACUCAGUUUUCGGUAUAAGUGUGAUAUAUGCUUCUUUCCACGACUCUGGUUCUUUUUUCCCCUCCAAAAUUUCAUUGCAAACCUCCUUUAGUGGUUGAAUUAUCCAAUCCUUCAAAGUUCUAUAGUAUUUUGAGGUUAAACCGUCCGGCCCUGGAGAUUUUCCCAACUGCAUGUUCUGAAUGGCACCUUCUACCUCCUGUUCUGUAAUUUUAUAGUUCAGCAUUAUCUUAUUUUCUUGAGAGAUUUUUUGUAAUCCAUUUGUUUUCAAAAAUUGGUCUAUAUCAAACACUUUCUGAGGCCCUUGUGUAUAUAACUGUUUAAAAUACAUCUGGAAACAUUUUCUAAUUUCCACUGGAUUCUGGAUGUUCUUUCCAUCCACUUCCAAAUUAGCAAUGGUAUUAAGCUUUUGGCUUUUUUUCAUCUGCCAAGCUAGCAGUUUCCCACAUUUAUUAGCCGAUUCAAAAGUCCUUUGUCUCAUUUGUUUAAUUUUCCAUCCGAUUUCCUGAUUCAUCAUCUUCAUAUAUUGCACUUGAUGUAACUUUAUUUCUCUCAGAAUCCCUUGUGAAUUUGGCUUCACUCUCAGUUUCUUCUCGCCCUCUUUUAUUUUUUCCAAAUUUUUUUCUUUUUUCUCAUUUUGAGCUCUCUUCUUUAAUGAAUUCUGUUGAAUCAGAAACCCCCUCAUAACUGCUUUACUUGCGUCCCAGAUUACUCUUUUUUCCACGGUAGUAUUCAAAUUUAUCUCAAAAUAGUCUCUCAGAGUUUUUUGGGCCUUCUUAAUAACCUCUUGAUCUCUAAACAAGGUGUCAUUCAUCCUCCAUCUGAAGGAACCGGUUGGUGUUAAUUUCAUCUCCAUUUUUACGGCAUUAUGGUCGGAGCACGUCUUAGGGCAGAUCUCUACUUUUCGAGUCUUAGGUGCCAGUCCUCUAGUUAUCCAGAUUUGGUCAAUUCUUGUCCACGUCUUUUUGGCUUCAGAAAAGAAGGUUCCCUCUCUACCCAAGGGAUUCCUAGUUCUCCAAAUGUCAAUCAAAUCCAUAUUGUCAGUCAAUUCAAAAAAAGUUUUUGGUAGUCUACCAUCUUUAGUAACUACCUGUCUCUGCGACUUAUCCAUGUUUGUGGAUACCACUCCAUUCAUAUCUCCCAUCAAAAUAAUGUUGUAGUCCAUAUAGUCCAGCAAAAUCUCAUGCAACUUCUUAUAAAAUUCAGAUUUCCCCUCAUUCGGUGAAUAUACUCCUACUAUCAGAAAUUUUUCUCCUUGUGUUUGAAUUUCAAUUGCUACAAAUCUUCCUUGGCCAUCUUUAAAAACAAAUUUCGGUGAUAGGCUCUCUUUUGCAUAAAUAACUAGUCCUCGCUUUUUAACCUUGUCCGAUGAAAUAAACUCUUGGCCCAGUCUCUUAUUAAUCAAUAUUUUCCUGUGUAGCCUUAUCACAUGUGUUUCCUGUAAGCAAAUCAAGUCCAAUUGUUCCUUUUUCAAUAAAUAAAAGACUUUCUUCCUUUUCUCCGGGGAAUUGAGUCCGUGAAUAUUCCAGCUUAAUAGUUGCAGAGACAUGAUGUAUUUAAUUUAUUUUUCCUCCAACUUCUCCCAAUAAAUCCUCUUGUUCUGACGGUGGUAUCACUUUCUCUAACUUGUCCAAUCCCGAAGGUGGUGAUACUUUGUCUAAUGUUCCUGGUCUUAGGGCUCUUGGCUCUUCUUCCACUCCUUUUUGCAGGUCUUCUUCGUGAUCUCUCAGAAAUUUUUCUUUAUCCUCCACUGAUCUUAUUUUAAACUUUUUACCUUUAAAGGUAAAAGAAAGGCCUUGGGGGAAUUCCCACCUAAAGAUGGUUCUAUUACCUUUCAACAGGGCCACCAAAUCUCCGUAGUUAGACCUAAGGUCCAAAAGAUGUUUCGGAAUAUCCUUAAAUAUCUCCACUCUUGAUUCAUGUAUUUUUAAAGUAUUCUGGGAGUGCAGACUCAAUAUUUUAUCUCUCUCCUCUUUUGAUCGAAGGGUGAUCAAACAGUCUCUCACCCUGUUCUUUCUCCCUCCUCUUCCAAGUCUGAAAGCAUUUACUAUCUUAAAGUCUUGCUUAUCAUCCAGUUUCCAAAAGUCUGCAAAUUCCUGUGUUAGAAAAUCACUUAGGCUGUCUUUCUCAAGUUCAGGUACCGCCCUAAUCCUCAUAUUGGUCUGCUUUUCCUUCAAUUCAAUCAUAGACAAAAGUGACUGAUGGGCCCCAAGCUGUGACUGGUGGUCUCCAAGCUGUUUACAUAUCGGUAUUAUCUUUUCCUCUGCAGCCACUGCUUUUCUUUUGCUUCCUCAGCUGUCUUUUGAUUUAAUGCAGAUUCUUGCAGCAAUUUUUCAAUAGAUUCUGUAUUUGAGUUUACCUUCUGCCCCAAAUUGUUAAUGCUUAUAGUGUUCUGGUCAAUUUUAUUUGUCGCUUCAGUAACUUGUUUACUUAAUUUAUCUAAAGUUUCAUAAAUUUUACUUAAAACUGAAGUAAAUCCUUCUUCCGAUGUCAUACCUUUUACCCCGCUUGUGCCGGGUCUUCCCCUUGUGGUACAGGAGGGCCAGAUGCAGAUGCUCUGCGCUGUUGCAAUGCUCCACUGGUCUGUUGGAGUCUAACCUUGCCCGAUCUUGUUGUCUUUUCCUCCAUAACACUUUGUCUGCGAGUCUGCGAGUCAAGGUCACUCCCACGAUCAGGCUUGUUUUGCAGUGGAAAAUUCCCUGGCUGGUUAGAAAUGGAAAAUUCCCCAACCAAUUGUAACAAUUUCAGUGAGCGUCUAGGGGGACACAGUAACAGUCAGUAAUAAUAACAGUCAGUAUCUUCCCAACUCUUCAAAAGUCCCCCUACAGCAAAGUUAAUAACAGUUUCAAGUCCAAAGUAUCUCACAUGCAGAGUUGGCUGUCAAAGAAUUACACUGUCCAUAAAUAGUGCGGCUCUCAAAACGACAGUUCUAUUAGUCUUGGCAAUCCGUUCCCAAGGAUUGAGUGGUGGUCUUAUAUCCCUUUUUUGUCCUUCUUUUCCUUCUCCUUUUUAUUUUUUAACAGGCAGAAAAUACUUUCCCUUCUUCCCUCCCCUCUCAAUUCAGGGAGGGAGUUCUUUUUAUUUGACGUUUGGGUUUGAAUCUUUUAGCGCACCUCUCCCGGUCUUAGCUUAAACAGUCUUUGCUUUGAUCUAUAUACAAAACGGAAGGUGGACUUCCUGUUUGCACCUUGCCGCUUCGGUACCAAAUUAAACCUUCUUUUUCCUUUAGCAUCCAAUCUUAAAGCUUGACCUACUCACGGGUUGUUGUUUAAUAGCCGAAUUGUUACAGGAAAAGAGGUCAGCGCUCUCCGGCAACAGCUGCGCGGCUUCACUCCACGGAAGUAGCGAUCGACUCUCAGCGCCGCGUCAAACCCCCGUUUCGCUCCGGAGCCCCUCGCAGGGUUCCCUUGCAAAUUGGGGGAGCGCUGAAGGUGCCCGCCGAGUCCCACGGUCACAGGCUUCACCCGCCUGUGGUUUUCGAGGGGGUUCCCGCUUCGCCGUAGCGGCAAGACCCGAUUUCCGAGGAGCUAUUCCCUCAAUACUAGAGGGAAUCCGCCAUUGCCGAUGGCGCCGCCUCCGGAAGUCCUGAAAUAGGGAUGGACAUUUCCAGAGGGUGAUGCUUGGGGAGUGUUCUUUGGCCCCGUGGAGCCUUCAGUGUGGGAUUCCUUAGGGUUCAGUUGUAUCCCCUAUGCUAUUUAACAUCUACAUGAAACCACUGAGUCAGAUUAUCCAGAGGUUUGGAGUACUGGUAUGUUGUCAGCAAUAUGCUGAUGACACACAGCUCUACUUCUCCUUUACAUCUGCAGGUGUGGCAGUGUAUGUGCUGUUAUGUAUUUUGUGGGUUUUUUAAAAAAACUUUUGAUAUUUUAAUGUUGUGAACUGUUGAGAUCUAUGGAUAGAGGGUGUUAUACAAACUUAAUAAAUAAUAAUAAAGAAAAAUUAAUAGCACACUAUCUAGACAUUAUACUCCCCCCCCUUACAUUCCCUCUAUAUAUUUAAUGUACUUGCCCUAUUAGGAGUUUUAACAGUACUGGAUACCCUGCUGUUUUAUUGAUGUUUUAUCUGGAUUUUAUCUGCUGGUCUUACAGCUUUUAUCUGCUGCUUGUAUGCUCUUUUAUACUGUAGUUUUCUGUUGUUAUAUUUCUGCUUUUUAGCUGUAUUCACCUUGAAGCCAUUUGGCAAUCAUGUAAGAUAUAAUAUACUAAUGAAACUAUAUAAAGGUAAAGGUACCCCUGCCCGUACGGGCCAGUCUUGACAGACUCUAGGGUUGUGUGCUCAUCUCACUCUAGAGGCCAGGAGCCAGCGCUGUCCACAGACACUUCUGGGUCACGUGGCCAGCGUGAUGAAGCUGCUCUGGCGAACCGGCACCAGAGCAGCACACGGAAACACCGUUUACCUUCCCGCUAUAAAGCGGUACCUAUUUAUCUACUUGCACUUAAGGGUGCUUUCGAACUGCUAGGUGGGCAGGAGCUGGGACUGAACGACGGGAGCUCACCCCACCGCGGGGAUUCGAACCGCCGACCAUGCGAUCGGCAAGUCCUAGGCGCUGAGGUUUUACCCACAGCGCCACCCGCGUCCCGUACAAUGAAACUAUAUACUUCCAUUCAACAAAUAAUGUUAUUUUUUGUGACAUAACUUUUGUUACCUUUCAGGUACUUAUUUGAAUCCCUCAGAAAGAAAUCCUUUAACUUUUCCAAAAUGGGAUUCAGGCAGGAAAUCAAAGAGUUCUAUUAUUUCCAAAGCUAUGCUUAAAUCUCCUCCGAAGACACAGUCCAGUGUAUACAGCCACAAAGUUGCAGAAACUUUGCUUGAUCUUUGGUCAUUGGGCCCAGAAGAGUUUAUCACUACCAACAGACAGAACACCAAACCAGAUUUUGUUUGCUGUCAGACUGAAGCCUCUGUUGAAACCCUCUACCAAUCUCCAACUUUUCAAACAUUUGAUUCUUUGGGAAACAGCAUAAUGAAAACCACAACUCCAGCUUCUUCUCAGCAACUAUUUGAACCUAGUGAAUCUAGCCUGAAAAAUUUCUGCUUCUUGAGGGCAAGCACAGUACAGCCAGCCAGCUUAGGCAGCCAACCAACCCCAAGGCCAGGUGAGCUUGUGGCUUCCAUGUCCAUCAUAGAAACAUGCCUGUUGCUUCACCAUCCAAAUUCUUUCUCUAUGGCUUUUGCAAAACUGUAAUAUUUUUGUGAAUAAUACCCAGGGGGUUGGGUUCCAUUGAUUCUAGAUGUUAAGACACUGUUAGUGAACGUCUGUGAUGCUAGUAAUUGCUUUUAUAGCAUUCUCUUUACACAGCAGAUAAAACUCUUAUUAUAUUUAAAAGGGACAUCAAGUGGACAUUAUUUUGAAGUGGUCAUGGCUGCAUACAUAUUACUGUCUAAUCCAGGCCCAGUGUGCUACCCCGAAGGCCAGCCUAAUAUAUUUUGGCACCUGAGGUGCACCACAAAAUUGCACUCUCCCACCCCCCCCCCCCCCCCCCGGAAGAAGGGAUGAGUGAAGAUUUACAUUGAGAACAACAGGGGGAUAAAGAUCUAGAUUGGGAGCAAGAGGAGGUGGGGAAUCAAACCAACCUUACCUGAUGGUUGAAGUGGGAAUCAAAGGCUGUCACAAUAGAAGGGGGAAGGGGCUCACUGUGAAUCACGCCAGGUGGGUGCAGAGCUCAGGAAACCCCAGAAGGCAGACCCCACCAUUUCCUCCCUAGGGCUAGGAGGAGACCAGCAAGUCCUCCUGUUUGCCAAGAGGCCACUGUAGAGGUGAGUGCUCUGGUCUCCAAGGAUUGCACCGCAGGAUUCCACUUCUUGGAGGUGAGAUCUGCUGCCCCUGUGGAUCCUGCCUCACUUUGCCUCGUGGGUAAGCCAACCCUGACUACCACCAGUGGUGUUUGAAGCUGAAUACACAUGCUAUUAGCAACAAUCUAUAUGUAGGCUUUAGUUUCUUGAGAAAUUCGGCUGUUUGAUGCCUUGGGUUGAGUACAACAGCACCCCCUCUUUGCUGUGUACAGCAUUGUAAAAAUGAGACUUGAAAUGCAGUGGAGAAAAUGACCUUGCUGCAUUUUAAGUUGCUAAUGUGUACAAAGCCUUAGUGGCACCUUUCUGAAGCUUCAUAGUAAAUAUUAAAUAACAGAAGCCAAGGUGAAACUUAAUGAGUUUAGUGCUGUUGUAAGAACUUGUAUAACUAGUCCAUUCCUGCAUACUGAAUUCAAACAGGCCAAGGAUAGCUUGCUUGCAAGAUGAUGGACAAAUUUUGGGCCAAGCCAGACAAUGCAUGAAAUGUGCAUAUGCAUUUAACAUGUCUUGUUUUUUACUUUGAAAACAGCAGGUACAGGGUACCCUAUCAAGAAUGGGGAUGCAGCAAAGGGGGAACAGGACAAGAUUUUCCACUUGCACUGCAAUUUGAGUGAAAAUCACCCCCUAAGACUACCAUAUUGUCUGAUUUGGCCCAAUAACUUUCACAGUGAUCAUGAUAUGGGGGAAGGGUUUAACAUCCCUCCCUCUCUAUGGGGUCAUGAUUUCUCCCUUCCGUUAUUUUUAUAUAAAAACGAGGCAUGUUAACUGCAUGCACAAUCAUGCCCAAACUAUUAUUUAUUUGAAACUAGUGGUCAUCUUUUGCAAUACCAUUUCAAUUUCCCCAGUCUUUUAACAUUCUGACCUUUAUACCAUACAAUUUUAAAAAUUGUGACACGUGAACAGAUUGUAUCCAUUUAUUUUCUUUGCACGUGAGUAAAAUUCUAUACAGAAAAUGCUACGUGUCAGUAAUAGUCUGUUCAGAUAUUUCACAGUUACUGAAAAUCCCAAAAUGAAGAGUCAGAACUAAGGAAUUAAAGUUUUCCAGCAUUUCCCCGCAACCCUCACUCACUGAAACAUUUGGGGGUUCCAGGUGUCAAGCCAUGAAAAAAGCUGAACUGUUAUGCACAAAGCAUUUUAUGUUCAUGGGGAGAGCUGGCUCUACCGUUGGGAAGACGGAGGGGGGUGCGCCUUAGGUGGCAAUUUUGGGGGUGGAUGAGUAGCAGAGGCAAGGUAUUGGAUGACAGAAUUGUGUGUGCCACAUGACCUGCUCUGUUGCCCUCAGAUACAGUGGAGUACACUGUCCCAUCAUCACCAGUGGCUGCAUACACACCAUACAUUUCAAGUACUCCCCAUGAAUCCUGGGAAUUGUAGUUCACCUCUCAUAGAGCUACAAUUCCUGACAUUCUGACAAAGUACAGUUUUCAGGAUUCUUGGGGUGGGUGGAGGGAAUGUGCUUUUAAAGUACAGUGUAUGCAGUCAGUGUUGAAGCAAGUUUCACCUGCUACCCCUCUUAGCUUCUUUAUAUGGAACAGGAAGGGGAGGCAUUUUGUCCUUCACCUCAGGCAGCAAUUUGUAUUGGACCAGCCCUGUUCAUGAGUCUUGAAAAUAAAACACAAAAUUACUUCUUUAGUGUGAGGGAAAGGAGAUUAAAGGGAUAUGAGGAGGAAAGGAAUGCUGAGGUUAUGGGGAGAAAUGAAAAGGGAUUGGGGAGAGAGAGGGGCAGGGGAACACAUGAGGCGGCCAGAGCAUACCCAAUGCCGUUGCAAUGGACCUCUCUACAAACUUCACUGCAUUACUGAAUCUAGUCUUUCUCUUGCAAAUGAUCUGGCUUCCCACAUCAGUCACAUGGAACACCUCUUGUGUCAGUUGCCAUAAGUUCCACACUAUUGAGCAGACCCUCGCACUGGACACAGUACAAAUGCAGUCUGGCUAUGUGGAGUGUUGCCAUUCAGGAGCUGUAAUAUUGCCUGAGGCGAAAGAAUAAAUGCCCUUCUCUCAUUCCAUGUAUUGAUUAGACAGGGAUAAAAGGCCUGAUCACUUUAAGGCAUAUCCAUUGCCAGCAUUCUGCUGUUUCAGGGGAAGUUCCUAAGACCUGUUCCUUGAACUUACAUAUCCAAUAAUGUAAACGGACAACCCCUAUCUGGCUGAACAGCUGAUCCAGGUAAUAAAUAAAUAAAUCUCACUAUCUUAAGCUCCAGAUUCCAUUGUGUAUUGAAAGCCAUGUUUUGCUUUCAAUUUGUUUGUUGUUUCUUUAAACAUGGAACAUUGUAAGUUAGAUACUUCCAUUUAUUUUCAGUAAGAUGCUAGCACGGUCCAGGGGGUCUUAAAAAUGAAUAUCUACUUUUGGCAAAUAAUGUAUAACAUUAUGUACUUUUCUUUCAUGUACAUUUCAGACUCUGCCGGCUCAAUGGGAACAACAUCCUCCUUUUCCACUUUCUCAAUGUCAUCCCCUGAGUCAGCCGUUCCAAACAACACCCCACAGCCUCAUUGUUUUCCUUCCCGUGGACCUUCUUAUUUGCUCACACCACCACCUGGACUGCCUUCUCUUUUCUUUAACGAUCUCAAAGAAAGGAUUGCAAAUUCCCUUUCUCCCUGCCAAGUGCCUGAUGUAUUUGAAAAUGCUAACAUCCUAAGUCUUCUUCCAGAUAAUUCAAAAUGUCCGGUCAAAAACAUUGAUAGUUGUAGGCGUAGAACUUGCCGCGCUUAUUCUGAGAGUUGGGAAGACAAUGUGGUGCAUGAUACACACCCUGUGGCUGCCGCAAUUGAGUCUCCUGCUGCUGAUCUGCCCGGUACACACUUCCUUUGUACGAACACUGAACAAAAAGCCAUGACCCUUUUGGAAGAGAUUAAAAACGCCGUUUGUGGACUUAGAGGGGACUUCUGCAGUAUGGCAAAGGAGCUGCAUACUAUCAGUAGUGAGAUGACAAAUAUGGUGGCUUCCAUGCAAAAUAUGAGCAAAAUCUUGGCAGCUCCCCCAGACUGCUGAAGCUGACCCUGGCACUCACAAUGGCAACUUAAUUAAGGAACCUUGGAUCUGUUAUGUAUCUUGCCUUACUCAUCAGCUUUACAUAAUUCGCUAGAUCUCAUAGUUUAGAGCUGAAGUAAUGUUUUAAUUUAAAGAGAUGUUUUUAUAUAUGUGCACACACAAAUGUGUACCUGUUAUUCUUGUUAUGAAAAAUAAAUUGUUGUUUAAAUCUUU